UUCCAGGUUAAGGAAGCCCAAGCUAUUCUGAUCAGCUCUCCGGAAUCCCCGGCAGGGUCACUGGAGGGAUAUUCGGGGUCUCCAUGACGCUCUAUGACCCCCUGAUGGCCGAGAGCCGCCCCCUCUGUCACAUAACAGGCUGAUUAUGCCCAUCGAUCCUGCCCGGUAACAGGACCCUGCUGUGGGGAGGCGGGUGGGGGAAGAGGUUUAUUUCCCAUUUUUACAGGACAGGUCAGUCGUCCUUUCAGGUACCCACGCCCCCUUGCCCUCUAACUCUCAUGUCGCCCACCUACUCCAUGGCGAAGCACACAACAAAGGGUUAAAGGUAACAGUAUAUUGUUGUUGUUUUUUUCCUCCACUAAGUAUUUCAUCAACUUUAACCGCUUUCUUGCCAGUAGGACCCUAUGUAGGCCUGUGAUUUCCCCCCUCCCCACAUUCCAUUGAACUCAGGGACGACCAAAAGCGGGCUUCCCAGCUGUUGUAGAACUACAGUUCCCGCGAUGCUUUGCUGUAGUUGUAGUUCUACAACAGCUGGGGAUGCAUCCUUUGGCCACCUAGGGGUUAAAGGGUUCUCUUUAAAACUUCGGAAUCCAGUGCUUCCCCGCGUUCGGGGACCUGUACGCCCGAGUUUCCAUUAGAACCUUGGGGAUAUUCCAUUGUAGAUACAUUUGAUGUAGGUUCCUAACCCCAUUCACCCGCUUAAUGCUGUUUAGUUUCACUUCUCUUUCUAUUUCUCUCUCCGUGAUAUCCCCAAUGUCUGAGCUGGAGAGCGAUCGCACCCCUAAAGUUGGGGUUUAGGGGUGGUUGUGAUUGAAACAUGUUCCCAGCAGAGUGUGUUCAUAUUCCAUAAUAAUAUACCCCAUCAUUCACUCCCCCUCCGGAUCCGGUGUGGGUGACAUUGGAGCGGAGGGGGAGGGAGCUCGGCUGCUGGUGUGUGUAUGUGUGUGUCACAAGCAUGGACGGGAGCUGGGCAGGAAGGGAUCCCAUUGUGCCUUAGGUGACUGUCCCUUCACAACCCCCCUCCCCAUCAUCUAAUUGGAAGUAGUGAGUGCCAGGCCCCUGCCUGCCCACCCCGGAUCCUGACUCUCUUUUUUUUUUUUUUUGUUACAUUGUAGCGGAAAGAAUGUCGGAGAGGGCCGAGGAUGACGUCAGAGGGGAGCAGCGCAGAGCGGCGGCCAGGCAGCAGCGGCGGCAGGGAGACAACAUGGCGGCUCUGCCCAGUCCUGGAGCCAUGCUGGGGCAGCCCUGGGUCAGCUGGCUGGAUGCUGCCAAACUGUCCGGGACCGACGGUGAGUGCAACUCUGCUUCUUUCCCAUCCCCCCCCCCUUCUCUCCAAACCCUUGCCUGGCUGAUUUCACAGCUUCCCCCACCUGCUCACUGUGUGUCUGUGCUCUUAUUGCAGAACUGGAGGAAAGUUUGAAGGAGUGUGACAAUAAACGAGAAGCCAUGAGACUCAGCAGAGAAGGUGAGUGCCAGCUCUGUGGGUACAGCACCAGCCCAUCAAUUCAUUGCCAGUCCACUUCCUGUUAGUUCACUGUUGACAAGCAGGAGGGAGGAAACCGCUGCACUUUACAAGCUUGCAAAGCUGGUUACAAAGUAUACCUUUUUUACAAACCUCUGGCUAAUAAUCAGCUGGAUAUUUCUAAUUGUAUAUUAAAUGUUCAGAAUUGCAAGAUAUGUAUAAGCAGAGCAUCAUGGGAAAUGUAGUGCCAAAGCAUCUCCUGUGCCAAGGUUAGCCAUUGCUGAUCUGCAGGUUUACAUUUUUUCAAUUAUAUUAUGUAAAUAAACUCCAAGCUAACACUAUGUCUUCUAGUGGGGUCAACAAAAUUUAAAUUGUAAUCAACUCUUCCUAUACAAAUAGUUAAAUAUUUAAUCUACAUAUUAAGUAUCCCUAAAGAGGCCCUCAGGCAGUCCCUUCUGGUUUGAUUGUAGCUGCUAUUUGAGAACUUACAGAACCAGCUACCAUCUUCAUAUAUAUAAGUGAGUGAGAACUCUGUCGACUAUAGAAGGUAUUAUUCGCUAAACAGUGAGUUGGAAAAACAAAAAUCCAACUUAAAUUAUUUAGACUUUUAUUUACAGGUUAUCUAUAUUGGUGUAAAAUUUGAUACCGUUUUGUGAAUAAACAUCUUGACUUGUCAGAUGCAAAUGCAAGGUUAAAGCCAUUUUGUGGUCUCUUGUGCUACUUUAUUGUAGUGUAAGUAGGACACCACAAACUGUAAGAUUACUUCAAAGAUAUGCAUCUUCAUAACUUAAUGAAUUGUACAACAAAAUGCCUCUUUUAAUUUGACACACGUACUGGCUUUCCCCCAAUUUACUAUUUUCAGAUGUUUUAAUUGGAAUAUUUAGAACUACUACAUACCUCAGGGCUAGGAGUCAGGGUUUUUUCCUUUUUUAAUUAAUAAAGCUUAAUUUUCAGUGAUAAAAAUACAAUUCUUAAAGGGACUAUAGUCACCAGAACCAUUACAGCUUAAUGUAGUGGUUCUGUUGUCUAUAGCAUGUCCUUGCAGGCUUUUCCAUGUAAACAUCGCUUUUUCAAAGAAAAGGCAUUGUUUACAUUACUGCCUAGUAACACCUCUAGUGACAGUCACUCAGGCGGCCACUAAAGGUGCUUCCCUAGUUCAGUCCUGCACAGUGUGCAGCACCUACAUUCAGCGUCUACACGCUCGGCUUGGAGGCGCUGAAUCUUUCCCAUAGACAUUCAUUAAUUCAGUGCACCUCUUUGAGGAGAUGCUGGUUAGCGCAAGCGCAAUAGCCUCCAAAUGCUUUUCUGUAGGAAAGGAUUGGCUUGGCUGAGAUCACCAAGAUGAUUGAGCCAUGGAGGUGGGAGUAAAAUCACGUUUCCCAUAUGAUCGAGGGGGAGGAGGGAGAAACACCCAGAAAUUGUAAUUUAAAAAAAAAUUAUAUUCAUUGAAGUCCACCCCGCCUCCCUACCUUUGUGAGUACUGGAGCGGAUCGGCUUUUCCUGGGAUCCAGUGGGGCUUCUGUCGUCUUCCUGUUCUGCUCCCUAUUGUGUUGUAGUGGUGCCGGGGCUGGAGUGGCAUAUUCUGGCUCCUGGCAUCACUGCAGGGUGCGCGAGGGAGCAGAACAGGAAGAUUAAAGCUUCCUUGCCACCUCCAUCCUGCACAGCCAGCCGGUCCAAGAGGCCGGCCCCCUCCGCUCUCCACUUGCCGGUGCUUGCAUGCUCACUUGCCGCCUCAGCUAAACAGGCUUACAAAUUCCUGCGCCAUUGCGACUUGGUACCUGGGAUUUGUUGAGCCUGAUGCCAAGCUUCUGAAAUCUAAUUUGUGCUGCUAACUGACUUUGAACAAUGAUCUGCAUUUAUAUUCUCGGAGGUGUCAUUUGUUUUAGUUAUAAAUAUGACUGGAAUUUUGAGGGCUAAGGGACAUUUUUAGGAGAGGGUCUACCAGUUAAUCAAUUGAUUUAGGGACACCUUAUUUUUGCAUCUGAACAGUACAUUAAGCUAUACAUCACUGAUAUAUGCAUUUUUUUUAGAGGCAACUAUAAGCCUCUGCUAUGAAUAUUAAUGCGACUUAUUCACUUUCAAGGUCUUUGCUUAUUUUGCAAAUACUUUCCAAGGUAAUAUGCUGCUUGGCAUGUGACCGCCUGAAAUGUAGCUAACAGGAGAUAUACUUACCCAAAGCUUUCCCUCAUGGGUGUUGCCAUCUUUAUGGGAAAUGUCUUCACCUCCUAUGACUUCAUUAACCAGGAACCCUUGUCACUGUCCUAUUCUUGCACAUGUAUGAGUAUACAGUAGACAGGGUUAUGGAAGAUCCCACAUCAGGUUUAUGGAAGAUAUUUGUUGAAACAUCUUUAAGCCAAUAUUGCUAUUACAGUUAAUCCUGUAUAAAUCUCAACACAAUCAGGAAUGCUUGUUGCUUUAUCGGGAAAAUUUGCAAGUACAUCUCAUUCAUUGAGUACACCAUAUUAUACAGAUCUUUUUACUCAUGUGCAUUUUAUCCUCUCCCAUUGAAAACCCAUGAGAAAUGUACAGCUCUCUAAAAGAGAGGAUAUUGAAAAUAUAAGAGAAUAUAUUUUCUUCAUGGUAGUGGGUGGAGGUAAAGGAACGCUCGAACAUCAAAGAUAUAUUUUUGACAUUCGUGUUCAUAUUUAAAAAUAAAUGUUCCUUUUUUUUUUUUUUUUUUUUAAUACAUACCUGCAAUCCAGUCUUCUUUUUGCGGCUGCUUCACCUCUGAAGUCCUCAAUUAUGAUGACUUUUAUUAAUCUUGAUGAUUCUCAUUGAGUAGCAUUGGGGACAUAGGACACAUACACUAGUAAUGCACAUAGAGAAGCAAUGGACAUGUUAAGCAUCACCAUGCUGUACAUGAAGAUAUUCAAUUUUAACAGUCCUUAAAGGAACACUAUAGGUUCAGGAACAUAAACAUGUAUUCCUGACCCUAUUGUGUUAAAACCACCUUCUAGCCCCCCUUUACCCUCCUAAAUAUAGCAAUCUUUCCUUUUAUUCUGGUCUGCUGCUGCUGGCUCUGCUCCUGAUCUGCCUGCUUGGCUGACAUUUUCAGAAGUGACUCUAUCAGCCAAUCAAAAUGCUUUCACAUGGGAAAGCAUUGGAUUGUCUGAGACUGUCAAGGUAGAUCAAGGGCAGAGCCAGCAGAAGCCAAACACAGCCGUGGCCAAUCAGCAUCUCCUCAUAGAGAUGCAUUGAAUCAGUGCAUAUCUAUGAGAAAAGUUCAGUGUCUCCAUGCAGAGGGUGGAGACACUGAAUGGCAGUGCUGCACAGUGUGCAUCACUGACCAGGAAGCACCUCUAGUAGCCAUCUUAGGAGUGGCCAGUGGAGUUAUCACUAGGCUGUAAUGUAAACACUGCAUUUUCUCUGAAAAGUCAGUGUUUACUGCAAAAAGCCUGAAGGCAAUGAUUAUACUCAGCAGAACAAAUGCAAUAAGCUGUAGUUGUUCUGGUGACUGUGGUGCCCCUUUAAUAAGGAAGUGCCUCUAGCCAUUAUAUGCAUGUUCUCUAACAAAUUCAUAGAAACGUCUCAGGGUUAUUUACCAAAGUUCAUACCGGUAUUUAUUUCUAAAAUAACUGAAUCUGAAUUAGAAAAUGUCUGAAAGUCCCUUAUGCUUCCAGUGUGGCUAUCUUUAUCUAAAAUGUUAUGUUUGCUUUGAAUUACACUGAAUUUACCACUAUUCUCACUUUAGUGAAUAACUCUGUCAGUGGUUUUUGAUUGUCAGGUGAAAAGGGUGCAGCAUUUAUACACCAAAACCACAUUAUGAUUAAAUGGUUUUUGUACUUUGUGUCUGUUUUAAGGUACUUGUUGUUUUGAUUUUAUUUCUUUACAUUUCUUUACAUUUCUUUGUUUGCAAAACCCAAGUUCCUCUUCAAGUUCCCCCAAAAAGCCCUCAAGAAGAUAUUUUGCAUGACACUCUGACUGAUGCAUUCUUGCAUCCUAGCUACCUAUAGUGUUUGUCUCUAGUCAAACAAUUUUUUAAAGAACCCCAACCCCCUGUUCAGUAGUCAAAUUGUUGUACAUAGAUGCAUGGCAUAGCUUUGAAAAAAUAACUCCAGCUCAUAGGCAGGAUAGAAGGCAAGAAGCAAAGCCCAGAUGAGAAAUCAUACGGUUUGGCUACUUUCAUUCUGGUGGUGCCAGUAUAAUCCUGGCACCAUAACCAAUAAAGCAUGGCAUGGUUAUAGUGCUUGGAGUGUUCAUUUUUAACCCGUCUUCCUUUUUUUUUUUUAUGGUUGAGAUUUGUUUGUUGCAGCUCAAUACGAAGUAUUUGCAAGGCAGGUGCUCUGAGCAAUUGCUGACUCCACACUUAGCUCCACUGAACUAACCAAACCAGGAAGUGUUGUGUGCUUGAAAGUCAGGGGUUGUAUAAGAUACAUUUAUAAAAGUGUAAUUUUCUAUUAAAAUCUGUACUUUCUGCAAAAUGGGAAGUAAAUAGGACACACUCUUCACACACAAAGCUUUUCAGCAAGCUCAACUUCUUUAGGGGUCUGGUGUGUCCCUUUAAAGGGGCACUAUAGUCACCUGAACAACUUCAGCUUAAUGAGGUUGUUCAGGUGAGAACUAUAGCUCCCUGCAGCCUUUCUCAUGUAAACACUGUAUUUUCUGAGAAAAUACAGUGUUUACAUUCAAAGCUAGGAACACCUCCAGUUGCAGUCAUUCAGAGUGAACCAGAGGGACUUCGGAGUUGAUGGAGGCAUAACAUGCCUCCAUCCACUCAGCUCUGCUGUUAGCAAAGCACAAGGCAGCACUGUGCACAGCAUCCUGUGAUUCAAUAUCUCCUCCCACUGCAUGCAAACACUGAACUUUCCUCAUAGAGAUUCAUUGAUUCAAUUCAUCUCUAUGAGGACAUGCUGAUUGGCCAGGGCUGUGUUUGAAUCAUGCGGGCUCUGCCCCUGAUCUGCCUCUUUGUCAGUCUCAGCCAAUCCUAUGGGGAAGCAUUGUGAUUGGAUCAGGCUACCACUUCUGAUGUCAGCAGACAGCUUUUUUUUCUGAGUCUAACCGCAUGCAGAUUUACAGCUUCUGGCUUGAACAGAUUAGGAUUCUGCUAUAUUUAUGGAGGCAUGAGCCCAGGGGGCCUAGAUGGUGGUGUUAACACCAUAGGGUCAGGAAUACAUGUUUAUGUUACCGACCCUAUAGUGAUCCUUUAACUGUAUCACAUUGUAUCUGUAGGUAUUCUAGAAGAGUAAACCUUUUCACCUUUGCAGUCCUAAAUAAAAAAGGAGCAAGGCAGCCAACAGAAAAAAAUUAUACUGAUUUAGUAGAGUUUGGAAAUGGUUUUAAUUCUCAAUUUUCUUAUUGUAGUUUAUUUGAAACGUGAAAUCUUCAAACCUCUCUCUCGCUUCUGUUUUUAUUUAGUUGAAAGCCGAAAGUAUUUUUCUAUCCCUCUCUCUUUCUGUAUGAUUUUAGACUUCUACUCUCAUUACAUGUACCAACUUUCUCUUGAGUGGCUUAAUUUGCAUUAAGGUUUCACUAUAGUAGAGCAUGUCUGGAUUGCACCUUGUGUGCGGUUGAGAUCUCUCAUUAGGGUGUCCUUGUUUGCAAAUGUUCUAAUUUGAGAUUGCCUCUCACUUCUAUUUGGUUGCUCAUUCUUGAGAUUAAUGUUAGAAAAAGUACGUAAGGUAAAUUAUGCAUCAAACUCUAAAUAAAAAAUAAAAUAAAAAUAGUUUUGUUCAACAGUUUGGAUUUCUCCUUCAGUAAACUGCACAAAACCACAUCUGAAUAGUUUUCAAAAUCGUACCAAACUGGAAUCCUUCUAAAUUGUCAAGAUCUAUCUUAGAAAUGAUCUAUCCUAGCCAAUUUGCAUAGAAAAUGGUCUGGAAUAAAUUCCAGAAUUCAGAUUAAAUAAUAAAUUGGCCUAAUCUAAUCCGGCCUAAAAGGGAAGUGAAAUCGCCCUCUCUAUUUAAAAAAAAAAAAAAACAACAGCAAAAUAAACCCUGAUAUUACUGUGAGCGUCCAUAAAAAGUUCCCCACCUUUUACUAGCUAAGCAUAUUAACAUUCACACCAGGGCCAUGUUGUGAGAAAUUAGAGGUGGGGAUUCUGCUCACCCACCGCACUCUGUUAAUAAGUGGUCCUUAAACUCCAUUUCCUGUUAUUUAUAGUUUAAGGUGAUUUCAGGCUCAAACAAAACCACUGACAAUUUAUAGGUUGCUAUUCCAAUAUUUUGUAAUAUUUGAAUUUUUGUUAACAAGUAAUAUCUCACUCUGUUACCAAUUCCUAAUCUGCGGGGUUUUUUUUUGUUUUUUUUUUAAAAAACCUCCAGUUGUACACCUGUACAUUAUUACCAUAAUGUAUAGUUAAAAUCUUUAGAGACUAUGUGGGGGUUGUCCUAGUUUUGUCACAUAGGUCAUUUAGCUAAAGCAUGCUUGCAUAUUUGCAGUAUCUUAAAGGACCACCCCAAACACCAUAACCACUACAGCCUGUUGUAAUGCCCUGGCGUCCUUCCAGAAUAAGUAGUCAAACUGUUUGUGAACAGUUUGGCAACUUACCUCAUGUUCCGCCAGGUGCCUCUCUUUCUACUGUGUAGCUGUUCCCACAGGAGAGUUGACCAGUUGCCCAUUGAGCCCAGGUAAGUUAUUUAAACUGUUCACAAAUCUGGGAGAGUGUGAGGGCAAUUCUGACACCACAAGUAAUUCAGCAGACUGUAGUGUUUAUGGUGUUUGGCGUGUUCAUUUAUCUCUUAAAACAAAAUUAGAAUUCAGAUUCAACUUUGUCAUUGUACCAUGUACAAACAAGGGCAGCGAAGAACAGUUGGCCUCUGCAGCAGUAAUUUAAAAUACUAUUUUUAAAAAAGAUGUACUUCAAGUAUAAGCUUUACAGUAAUACUUGAUACCACAAUUUCCUGAUACUUAAGAAUACAAUCCUACUACAUUGCUACCAAUUUCAAGCCCAAGAAUACCUUGACAUUAUAAUUGUGCCACCAUAUGAAAUCCAAAACACUUUUACCACAAUCUAAGUAAACAUUAAGUGUACAAACUGCCACUCAGUUAAUACCCUAGUGCAAAUGGAGCCAAAUGCAAGAUAAUUGAGAGAGGGAACUGUACAAUAUUUGUCAGACAUAGCUGCAAUUUUAGUUGUUUCCACGAGCAAAUUGCCAUAUAUUUGUUUCAUGAAUUAAGCUACAGAUAGUGCAAACAUGUAUGGGAUAUGCUUAAAGUCCCUAUGAAAACUAUAGGACGACCAAGAUUGUCUAAAGGAGAUUUUUAGCUUGAAAUUUGUACAUAGAUUAGUGAGAGCUACAUUCUGAGAAUUUGCGGGGGGGACAGGUUCAAAUUUCUUUACCAUUUUUAAAAGUUUAUAAAUUACAAAAGAUCAGCUCUGUGCUGAAGUCAAACUGUCCAAAAUCCAAGCAUCUAUCUUUAAAUUGUAAGGUUUAGGGGACAGUUUGGUGUAUGUCAGAAUUCUUAGGUGGACUGUUUUCAUGCUUAAUGUAACUUUGUUUACUAUAUGUAUGUGUACUUAAACCAGCAUACAGAUAUUCUUUUUAAUAUUCUGGUUGGCUUUUAUGAUUCUGGUGUAAUGACCUGGAGAUGUCCCCAGGUUCCAUACAAACAGACCUAACCCUGUAGUGUUUUACCAUUUUUUUUGUUUUAAUAGACUGUAUAUAUUUUCCAAAUGGCUGAAGUUGACGACAAAAAUAAAAGGAAAAAUUGCAAUAUAAGGGAUAUUGCAAAAUAUCCAAUAUUUUACCAUCUUCCACCAUUAUGUCUUUAAAGGUUGUAAAGACAAAAGUACAUAAGCACAUUUUUUAAAAUUAAUUUUUAUCCUUUAUUUGCAAUCUGCACAUGUUGUUCUAUCCUAUGUAUAUGUGCUAAUUUUGUAAAAAUAACUUUGUAGCGAAAGCAUUAUUGGGGGAUAGUGACUAAAUCACAAAAUACAUUUAGAAAAAGAAAAAGUGUCAACUUUGUUCUCUAUUAUCACCUGAUGCUUGCAGUUAAAAAAAGAAGUAAGGUAGCAUUUUCUUCAUUUAGCAUAAUCCAAAAAACAUGGUCAUUCAAAUCUUCAAAUAUUACUCCAUAUUUAUAACUUUCACUGUCCCCUUAUACCUUGUCAUCAACCUGUACCUUCAAAGGGACAUUCUUGUAUAGUGCACCACCGGAGCAAGCCAUGUUUCCAGGUGCCUGGAACUACUGGUAGAAUAAACAAAGAGAAAAAUAUAUGGAGAAGUAGGGGGGAACCCAAGCAAGAAAAUGGGGACCAGAAACAUCUGUAAGAAGAAAAUGUGAAGGGUAAAAUUUUAAAACUGAAGCGGAAGGCCAUGAGAGAACCCCAGCUUCUGUUUCUUCCGAAAGGUAUAUCAGGUUAACAGAACUUAUGUUGACAUGGAGUUUGAGAAAUUUAUUUCUUGUUCUCAGUCACUGUUUUGUGUUUUUGUUUUUUUUUUUGUUUUUUUUUUAAUAUGGGUUUGCCUUAGUGAAGGUUUCUUUUGAAGACCAAAAUUUGAAUGCAUGUUCUCUUUUAGAUAUUAUGGUCCUCUCUGAUGACGUUCUGUUUUGGCUAAGGUGAAGAGUUUAAUUGUACAGUAUUUCAUGGCAGCCAGGAUCACGCUUGGAGUUGAGAAAAGAUGCUCACCUGUGAUAAUGCAUGACGCCGUGUCUUUUUAGGAAAAUUAAAACUUUACUGGCUUUGUUUUUUGUCCAGUGCAUAAUUUUGAUCUAUAUACAACAGUACUAGUGGUGUAAUGACCAUUUUGUCAUCUUGGGUCCCAGCAAAUUUGAAGAAUGUGUAGCAUUGAGUGAACUGAAGGGAAAGAAACAGUUUGGCAAUCUGUCACAACCAUAUGAUUUUCCUCCAGUAACUAAAUUCUAACUGUUUAAUCAAAUACUUAUUUAAUAUUUAGCAACAGAGGGGAAAGGUUGCUAAGUUGAUUGCACUAAUGUAUUUAGCUUUCAUCAAACAGUGUCUGAAUUUUGGGGGGAUAUAUUAUUUGGCAAAAUAUACCUUGUUAAAAAUUAAUCUCAGCACACCUUUUUUACUGCCCUAUUUCUGUGUGUUUUUCUUUAUUUAAUUUUUUUUCUCAUCUGUUCAGGUGCAUUGUUUUUUGUUUUUUUUUCUCCUCUAAGUAGCAAAGUUUUAUUCUUAAUAUAGCAGCCCACAGCCUUGUGCCACCUUGUAAACCCGGCCUAUAGAUGCAAGGGGCCUUGCGGCAUAGCUUCUUAGUAAAUAUGGCCCUGAGUGACUUCCACUAUGUUUGAGACUCAGGAAUAAAUUUUUUUUAUGAUGGUAUCUGACAAACAAGAAGAAAAAACAAAUACACAAAAAAAGAACAGGGGAAUACAGUAUCUUUAGAACAUUGUACAUUUGAGCUUGCAGCCACCAUCAUUCUGUUCUGUAUUUUUCACAUUGCAAUAUAUGAGUAUUGUGGCAGUCAAUGCACAGCCAGCAAAUCAGGCCUCAUUCUUGAUGGAUCCUCGGCUAAUUGCUUCUUUAUGAUAAGCCGAGUUAAUGCUUGGUUUUGUCCCUUGAAUAAUCUGCAGAACAUGUUCCCUCAGCCCCCAGCAUAUUGUCACAAUCUUUAUUCCUGUUCUUUUUUGAAUGCUCUAUCGUGGUACAUGACACUGUCUCAUGGAAUUAUUGUUUAGGAGCCCUGAUGUCUUGAAUUUAGAAUGUGGUUCCUAAAAUUGCCUUGAGAGAGGUGCUUUUUAGUGUCAAUACUAAAGCAGAUCAUUGUUUGCUAUGCGUUAAACCGCUAUGGCUCGGGUAUUAAAACUGACAUUUUCAUCAUUGAUUUUUUUUUAUUUUUUAUUUUUUUCUUCUGCCUUUAACACGAGCAAUUUUUUCCAUAUGUCGCUUCUUGUUUUUGUAUGUGAGAAAGCACUACGUUUAAAGUGAUUUUCUUUAUUUCUUCCAACAGUCUGAUCAUCACAUUCCAUAUGUACCUAGAAGACAUUUAAGGUUUGCCAUUGAAAGGAACAUGGCAUCUAAAUCACGUUUACAGUAUAAAUGCAAAAUAUGCAGAUUCAAACGUGUUGCCUAUGCCCGCUCCAUGGUCUCCUUGUUCCCCACAAUAUAAAGGCCCAUCUUGGAAAUAACAGGAGAUAUAUAUUUUUUUUAAUUAUUUUUACUAAAUCAAGCCACGCUUUCAAUUUAGAUGGAAUACCCAAAUCAGAUCUCAAGUAGCCUUAGAUAUAAGUGUAUGUGUGUGUGUGUGUGUGUGUGUGUGUAUAGUUAAUACAAUGUUAAACAAAAAUCUGCACACCAGUCAAGCCAUAAGACUUGCUUUUCCCACACAAAUCCCAAAUCUGCAGUGAUGUUACAACCGCAAAGGAUUCUGGGUGGGCAUAUGCAAACUAGUUUAACAAAGCAUCACAUUUUUGCCUCUUUCCAUUUAAAAAAAGGAUUCCUUUUAAUCUGUGUUUGCAGUAUACAACUGCUUGGAACACAAUUUGUAUACUGCAAACACAGAUUAAAAGGAAUUCAUGUUUAAAAUGGAAUGAGGCAAAAAUGUGAUUCUUUGUUAAACUAAUUUGCAUAUGCCCACCCAGAAUCCUUUGCGGUUGUAACAUCACUGCAGAUUUGGUAUUUCUUUGGGAAAAGCAAGUCUUAUGGCUUCACUGGUGUGCAUAUUUGUGUUUAACAUUGUAUUAACUAUCCACAGACUUCAAGUGGAAGGGGUUUUCAAUCACAAUAUUUCCCCACCAUAACAUAUAUAUAUAUAUAUAUAUAUAUAUAUAUAUAUAUAUAUAUAUAUAUAUAUAUAUAUAUAUAUAUAUAUAUAUAUAUAUAUAUAUAUAUAUAUAUUAUUAUAUAGUGUGUGUGUUAAUGUCACUCUUGAAUACUGAUAUAUUUUUUUUUCUGCUCUGUGGUGUCCAAGUGCUGGUCCCCUUUGCCUUGGUGCACUUUUCCAGCACAUGAAAACUGUCAAGUUUCUCUUUUUGUUUUGAUCUCUGUGGGUCCGUUCCUUUUGAUAGAUCUAUAUUGCAAUCUUCUUCAUGCAAUGUACAAUUGGCCUGGAAGGCUUUCCCGAGGGAAUGCAAGAGGUGGAUAUUCACCUUCUUGACCAGCUGUUUUAUACCACAUUAGCAGCAUACAUGUAUAAGCCAAAAUAUUACAUCAGAAAAUAAAAUUAUAUUUAAACACUUGCUAGCAUUUCAGCUAGCUGUUUCUAAUGCUAUUAUCUUCAAAGGGCCUCCACAUCACUUUUGUUUGGCAGAUUAGGAUUAACAAAGAACUGAAAAACAAGAAUACGUUGUAGAACUAAUUAUUCCUGGAAUUGCCUGUACUGGUAUUGAUAAUCCCUGUAGAUCACAAUAACAUGUUAUUCUAUGUUGUCUUAAAUAAUAACCUGCUUCUGCAAACCGUUUAUGCAUUAUUAGUAUAGAAAAACAAUGAAAUAUUGAUAAUGUUCAUUUUUACAUAUGUUGUAUUGGCAUGUAUCCAAUUGUAUAUGUGUUGACAUUUCAUUUGUAACAAGGCUAUUUAGGGGGCAUAUAAAACAUACCCUUAAAUCCCAGUCCUAAACCUAAAGUAAAGCCGUAAUGCCAUUGUAAUAUAGAUUAUUAUAUAUUGCUUUGCAUAACUUUAUUUCAUCCAGUACUGUUACAAUCUCCAUUAUAUUGGUUUGCUGUUUACUAGCUGUAGCUAGCACGUUACACUUCUGAUCUCCGUUACCUUCUGCCCACCUACAAUCUGAUUGAUCUUGCUUGUGAAGUAUUUCUCAAAGCAGGAGUGGGAACGAAGCGCUGGCAAGCGCAAGACUUUGGUUUUCAUUGGGACUGAUCACUGCAACUACAGAGCAUUGCUACACCUAAGCUGUAGUUUAUGUGAAGGAAAGCAAGAGAACUGCCUGGAUUUGGGAUUUCCAGCUCUUGACCAUGAAAUCAGUAUAACUUUGUUGCUGUGAACUGAUUGACUGGUAGGGGAUGUGAAUAUUUUUUUUGUAUAUAUUAGAUUAUUCGUGUAUCGACUAAAUUUAUAUCCGGUUAAUUUUUUUUAAUUUUUUUUUUUUUUAUGAAGAAAUAUUUCAUUAACAAAUUACGAAUUGUUGUGGAUAUGCUUUGCCUCUUUGCAUUUUAUUUUCUUAUAAGUCUUUUUUUGUUUUGUUUAUUCUAGCUAUAUAGUUUAUCUUACAAUAAUUAACUCUGGCAAUCAUCCUCUGUUAAUAUUGACAUUGUGAGAUACUAGUGCCUAUCCCCUCUACACUUAUAAGCUUGCAGUAAUUCUUAGUUCUGCGCAGUGCUAUGGAUCAUUGUUUUACUGCUUUCCAGAGGUUGCAAUUAUUGCAUCAGUGUCCCUUAUCCACAUGUUGCACAGUGAGUACUAUACAUGAUUACUGCCAGUCAAACACAUGCUAAUGCUGACAGCUGGAUGGGCUGUCUUUUAACCGUUUCCUUCAACCAAGAAUGUAUUUAAUAUACAUGCGGUUUCCCUAAUUAUGGUCUCGAAAUUAUAGGUUGAAAGGCAUGCACAUUCCUGCUGUUUAGCUUAUUCAAUGGGUGGUGCUCAGAUAGUCAGAGUUCCGUGUUUCACCUGUUAUUAUCACAACUAUUACUUAUUUUAUUUCUGCACCAAUAAUUUCCCGAUAUUCAAAAACCAUGGUCGCCAUCUCCCCUGCUAAAUCACCUUUGGUGGGGCUGUAUAGUGUUUAACCCUUUCCAUUCUGUUCAUAGCUGAAUAUUUUCUCAAUAGGUAGACAGCAUUGGAUGUAGCUAAAUGGCUGCAGAUGUAUGGAGGAGGACUGGAGAUUGCCACAGUGGGGGAGACUUUUCAAACUGUCAUGUUCUAAAAGGUGGUGCAAAAAUGUUAAAAGGGGAGAAGUCGCCAAUGAAAUCUGCUUGUUGGUUCCCCAAUUUUCAAUGGUGAUUGCCCCAUUUUUAGUAUUGUGUUUAAUAUGCUAAACUAAUAGCAUAUGAACCUUUAUUAUAGAACUGACAUAUUGUUCAAGCACAGUUUGGAUCAGUGGAAAUGUUUAUGUAUUCUUUGUGCUCUUUUACUGGUGUGCUUCAAGGGGGGUAACAUUUAGGAAGCCAACAUACCAAUAAGUAAUUAUGAGGAAUAAUUAAACAAAUAAAUUUAUAGCUACAGAACAAUCAUAGAGUGAUAGUAUCAAAGCUCAACAUUUCCACGUGACAAUGGCUAGUGUGCAAUUUCAGCUUUGGCAAGUGGGUAUUCAGCCCUGGUAAAAAAAAAAAAAAAACACACACCACCACGGGUUGUUGGUUGGAGUAACUUUGCUGGCAUGGCCCCGCCACCAAAAAAAAAAUACGUUUACCUUACUGUCUUUUCGGAGAAAAUGCAGUGUUUACAUUACAGCCUAGUGAUAACUUCACUGGCCACUCCUCAGAUGGCUGUUAGAGAUCCUUCCUGGGUCAUGGCUGCCUAAAAUGCAUCCAAACAUUCAGUGUCUCCUCUCUCUGCAUGCAGACACUGAACUUUCCUCAUAGAGAUUCAAUUCAUCUCUAUGAGGAGAUGCUAAUUGGCCACGGCUGUGUUUAAAUUGUGCUGGCUCUGCACCUGAUCUGCUUCCUUGUCAGUCUCUGCCAAUUCUAUGGGGAAGCAUUGUGAUGGAAUUAGGCCACCACUUCUGAUGGUGUCAGAAGAAGUUCACAGGCAGAGGCAGCAGCUUCAGACUUGAAUACAAGUAAGAUUUUACUAUCUUUAGGGAGGCCAAGGGGGCUAGAUAGUGGUUUUAACACUAUAGUGUCAGCAAUACAUGUUUGUGUUCCGGACACUAUAGUCACCCAGACCACUUCAGCUCAAUGAAGUGGUCUGGGUGCCAGGUCCCUCUGGGGUUAACCCUGCCUGCUGUAAACAUAGCAGCUUCAGAGAAACAGCUAUGUUUACAUUUGGGGUUAAAGGACCUCUAUAGGCACCCAGACCACUUCAGCUUAAUAAAGUGAUCAGGGUGCCAGGUCCAGCUAGGUUUAACCCUUUUUGCUGUAAACAUAGCAGUUUCAGAGAACCUGCUAUGUUUACUUUAGGGUUAAUCCAGCCUCUAGUGGCUGUCUUAUUGACAGCCGCUAGAGGCGCUUCCGCGCUUCUCACUGUGAUUAGGGGCUUGUAUACUAAACAGGGAGCAGCCUGUGGCUGCUCACUGGAAAAAAAAAACCAAAAACCUACUAUCCGACCCCCACCCCUGCGCAGCGGGUGGGGGCCCUAAAUAAUGGGGGUGGGGGACACCUACUGUCCUCCCACCCCCCCGGCCCCUACCCCUGCGCGGUGGGUGGGGGCCAUAAAGAUAAUGGGGGGGGACACCUACUGCCCCUAGUCACCCAGCCCACCCACCCAAAAAAAAAGUAACCCCCUACCUACCCCCGUCACCCUAAAAAAUAGUGAGGGGGGAAUAAAAUAACUAACCUGUAAAGAAAAAUUUAACUUACCACUUGACUUCUUUUUUCUAAAAUCUUCAUUUUUCAGCCCCAAAAAAGACCAAAUAAAAAAACCAUCAUACCUGUCGAACUUAAAAAAAAAAAAAAAAGUUCUUUGGAAUUUUCCCACACUGUGUAAUUUGACUCAUAAUACUCUGAUUGGUGGGCUUGGAAUCUAACCAAUCAGAGUGCUCUUUCUCAUUUUACACAGCGUGGGAAAAUUCCAAAGAACUUUCCCACGCUGUGUAAAAUGACACAAAGCACUCUGGAUGGAUUUCAAAUUUUCAGAGUGUUCUUAGCCUAAUUUAAGGGCGGUGCAAGGCUUCAUAAGCCUUUCCCGCCCUUCAGAGCUCAGUGUGCGCGGAGCCCUCCAUGGGUGAAGAUGGAUUAUUAUUUUUGCGCUCUGUUCUUUCUUUUUUUUUUUUUUUUUUGCGCUCAGAUUUUUUAUUUUAUUUUAAGUUCGGGUAUGAUGGUUUUUUAUUUGCCCUUUUUUGGGGCUGAAAAAUGAAGAUUUUAGAAAAAAAGAAGACGUCAAAUGGUAAGUUUAAUUUUUCUUUACAGGUUAGUUAUUUUAUUCCCCCCUCACAAUUUUUUAGGGUGGGGGGGGUAGGUAGGGGGUUACUGUUUUUUUUGGGGGGGUGGGUGACUAAGGGCUUGGAGACCCCUAGUCACCUUUGAUGGGAGGGCGGGGGAAUUUGUCUUAGGGCCGCCGCCCAGGGGUGGGUGCCGGGGGGGAGGACAGUAGGUUCCCCCCCUCAUUAACUUUAUGACCCCCACCCACCGCUCAAGGGUGGGGGCCGGGGGGGUGGACAGUAGGUCGUCCCCCCCAUUUUAAUUUAUGGCCCCCACCCACCGUGCAGGGGUGGGGGCCGGGGGGAGGACAGUAGGUCCCCCCCCUGUCAUUAUAUUUAUAGCCCCACCCGUUGCACAGGGUUGGGGGCCAAUAGAUUUUUAUUUUAUUUUUUUUACAGUGAGCAGCCACAGGCUUCUUACUAGACAUGCCCCUACUCGCGGUAUAGCGAGUAGGGGCAUAUUAUUUACUAAUACUAAGUAAUCUUUACUUAGUAUUAGUAAAGUUGGCUGAAAGACCAAUUUAGGUCUUUCAGCCUUUUAGUAGAUAACUCCCUAAUUCCCACUGUAUUAGGGAGCUAUCUACUAAGCGGCUGCAAGAUGCAGCCACAGAACGUAUUGAAUCAGCGUUUCAUUCAUUCGAAUGAAAUUCCGAUACGAACAAAGUCCCGAAUUGAGUUCUAAAAGAACUACUGUUCUCGUGCAGUUAGAACGCAAUUCGGCACUUUCGUCUAAAAUGACAAGAAGCAUCGCGAGAUCACAGAGGAAAGGUAAGAAUUAUGGGAAAAUUGCUGUGACCAGCGGAAAUGAAGCACACUUUGCUCCUCCGCUGGUCAAGCGGAGGAAACCUCCAUAAGGCAAAGAGUCCCUUCUUUGUCUUAUGAUUUUAAAGAAAACUAAAGAAGACAGGAAGAAAAAAACAACAGAUCCUGAGAGAGAGGGAGAAGAGGAAGAGAUUGAUGAAAGGUAAGUUCGGCAUGACAGUGCCGCUUUAAGUAACAAAGUAUCCACACAGAAAUAAACUGUGACUCCAAAUAACAAAUACCAAACUAGCCUUAUAAGGCUACUUCCAUGCCUAAGUAAGUGAGGAGAUAAAGUUACUAAACACCUAAGUCUGCAAUAUACAUAUAGGCUUGAUUAGUCCUGGCCCUUUAAUGCAUGGGGUGUUAGUAAAUCUCCACUUAGUACCUAAGCAGCAGAAAAAGUGCUAAAGGGAGAAAUGUCACUGUCUAAAAGGUUGGCAGCCCUAAUAAUCAAAAGUAGACAGACGGAUAAAGAAAAAUAAAGAAAGCCGCUCUCCUUGUGAGACUUACUAGAUAGACAUAGAAGAAAAGAUGUAAAUCCUAACAAACUCCCAUGCCUAAGUAAGUGAGGAGAUGAAGUGCUAAAUACCUAAAUCUGCAAUAUACAUAUAGGCUUAAUUAGUCCUGGCCUUUUAAUGAAUAGGGUGUUAGUAGUACUCCCCUUAAUUCCUGAGCACCGGUAAAAAUGCUAAAGAGAGAAAGGUUACUGUCUAGAUUAUCAGCAGGGCUAACAAUCAAAAGUAGGACAGAUAAAGUAAAGUAGAAAAAGCCUCUCUCCCUGUUAAACUUAUCAAAUAGGCAUAGAAGAAAAAAGUUGAAAGGAAAAACUUAAAUCAUAACAAAAACAUGUAUCACACAGUGCAGUUAAGUGCCCAUGUGUGUGCAAGGCCUCUGACGAAGCUGCUUAUAUACUGCACCUAACUGUGCGUCAGGUUCUUUCCUAUGGGUCAAUUUUAACUUGCACACACAUGGUCUCCUUCUGGUUACAUUGUUCCAUACCACUGGAUGCUUUGGUGCCUACGUACGUCUUUAUCUCCAGUCAGCGUUAUAUCCGCAGUUUGUGAAUUUGUCCUUCUUUGUUUCUGAUGCUUUUGGGAGGACAAAAAUCAUUUAUAGAAAAAGCCACAAUUUCUUCCAAUGUGUGUGUGUAUACUUGCUAUUAACAUUCAUGGGGCUUUGACAGACUAAAACAGCACUGUCACCAUCUGGAAACAGUGCUGCUGUAGGUAGAGUGGCCAGUAAAGGUGAAUUAAACUUACUGAACCUGUCCCUCGCAGGCACGCCAUCUUUCUCUGGUGGGUCUUCUUCAGCUGCAUCAGGAGAAAGCGUCACUGCUGUAUUUUUGCGCAUGGGUGUAUAGCAUUGAGUUCUGUGGAAGUUCAUCGACCAAUCCAAUUCCCUGAGGUCUGUGGAAGUUCAUAGACCAAGCCAAUUCCCUGCAGCCAUCAAUUCUGAUGGCUGGGUGGAUUGGCACUUCUAGUCGGCGGUAGCUCUGCCCAGUGUCUAGAAGUGUAGGAAAGACAUCCAAACUCCCAGCUUGGUGUAUUCUGGCCUUGGGGUGAAACUAAGGCUGAUAUAAUUACCUAAAAGUCUCCCUCACAGGCAACACCAUCUUCUUCCUUCAGUUCCUAGCGCUUCAUCCAUUAGGAACCCAUGUCACCGAAUUCUCACAGAUGCACAAGAGUGCAGCACUAUCACCAAGAUCUGUGAAAAAUCAUGCGAGAACUGUGAUCCUCCAUUGGCCACUUAUUGUGAUGGUAGAGGGUGACUGAUGCAACUGAAAAAACCUGACUGCAGUCUCCCAACCUUUUGUCAAGUUUUGUUGACCAUAAGGCAAAGUAAGUCCAUACAUUGUCUUAUAUGUUUUGGUUGUGUUAGGUUUGCAGUGAAAUUACAACACAGUGAAUGGGUAUUUAUCUUUAUAAAAUACUCUAGUGAUAGAACAGAGUUACUUUAGAUACUUUGCAAUUGGAAACACUGUAAUCACCAGAACAACUACAGCUUAAUGUAGUUGUUCUGGUGUUUAAGUAUGUCCCUGCUGGCUUUUUAUUGUAAACACUGCUUUUUCAAAUAAAAGGCAGUGUUAACAUUACUUCCCUAGGAACACCCUUCGUUGCAAUCACUCCAAUCAGAUGGCCCCUAGAUGUGUUUCAUUGGUAAGUGCCUCACAGUGGACAGCACUGACAUUCAAUGUCUCUGCAUGAACUGAACGUUCCUCAUAGAGAUGCUGAUUGGUGCUGAGUUUUGCCACGCAUGCGCAUUAGCCUCCUGGAUUGGCUUAGUAGGUCAAGUUUGAUCUCAGUCAAGGAGGCGUGGCGGGGCCAGCCGCGACGAGACCUGUGCAGCGCUUCAAGCCAGUAACCAACCUGAUGCUGAUGAGUUGUAUUAACAAUGAAACAGCUGUCGAUGAGUGGUUCACUGGCUUUGCAUCUCUUCCUGAGUUUUAUUUCAAAGCUGUUGUGCACAACAAACAUAAAAUUCAAGGAAUCCAUAAUGAGGCAAAAAGGUGAUUCUUUGUUGAAAUAAUUUGCAUAUGCCCACCCAGAAUCCCUUGCAGUAGUAAAAUCACUGCAGAUAUCUUUGGGCUUGACUGGUGUGUGCAGAUCUGUGUUUAACAAUGUAUUGUGUGUGUGUGUGUGUGUGUGUGUGUGUGUGUAUGUGUAUAUAUAUAUAUAUAUAUAUAUAUAUAUAUAUAUAUUAAUAUUCUAUGUGCACCAUUAUUGGCAAAAUAAAGUCUCCAAAAUCUGAAUAUGCCUUAGAUUCGAUGGUGUAUUGGAUUCGAAUACAAAUGGUGCAUUAGACAUGAUAGGCAUAUGACACGAAAUUUGCCUGAGCGAAAUUCGCAACAUACGACAGGCAUGCAAGACUUCGCAUUGUAUGUCCGUCGUAUCUAAUGUACCAUUUGUACUCCAAUCUAAAGCACCAUCGAAUCUAUGUUGUAUAGUAUUAUCUUCUCGUACAAAUGUGCAUUACAUUCGCCAUCGAAAACAUGUUUCAGCCUUCAGGUUUAAAAUUUAUAUGUUUGUAUUUUUUAAUUUACUUUUACCUUCAUAUAUAAUAUAUGUUUGUAUAUAGCAUACAUUGGUAUAUAUACGUUUUUAAGUUUGUGCAUGUUUGUACUUGAGCUUUUUUUAGUGCGCUUUAUAGUAUGUUUGAUAUCAGUAUGUUAAUUUUCUAUAUUUUGUGUAAAAGAAAACAACAAUCGUGUAUAUUGUAUGCCUGUGUAUGUUUUUUGUUAAUCUAUAUGUACUGUAGAUAAUGUGUGACUGGCAUCUCACACCAAAUGACCAUUGUGCAGGGCAUUCUGCUUAGCAGAUUCCAGGGAGCAAUAUACAUGCAGAUUGAGCUAUUGUUGGCUGUAUUGAAAGCACUGUUUACAAAAGCUUUACUCUUGGUAGGUAGUCGGAAAUUCAGAGGACUUGGCUCUCUUGAGUGUGGGAAUGCUAAAAUUCUCCCUUCCCCCAUCUGGGUUAGAGAUGUGCAGAAGGCAGUGUGUGCGUGUGAAAAUUGCAGCUGUUGUGUGUGCAGUUCAAGUCGGUGCUCACAAUUUCAAAUAGGGUGUGUCCCCAACAUUUCCAAGGCCUGUUGGUCCCUUAGUUUGGGGAAGGGAUAUAUGCAUGCAUGUGUGUGAGCUAGCACACAUUUUAUUUAUAUGUUGCCAAACAUUAAGCUGGUAAUGACUGCCUGAGAUAAAACUGCAUUCCUUUGUUGUUGGGGGGAGGGGGGGGGAGUUGUUUUGUAUUUUUAUGUCUGAUGUCAUUGAUCUGCAAUAUGUUACUCACCAUUCUGUUGCAGGGGUGAGGGGAAUAGUUUGGUGAUAAAACUCCAUAUUUAUAACCGAUCAUUCAAUUCAGAACUGAAUUGCAUUGUAGGAACUCCCAGAAGAUCAAACCAAACAAAAGCAGGGUACUAUGUAUGUGUGUUUUCAUAUAAUUUUAUACGACCAAUAUCCUAUAAGUAGACAUACAUGUAUAUAUUAUCAUAUAUUAAUUCUAUAUUAGUACGCCUGACCAAGCUAAUGAUAUCCAUAAAAUAGCAAUUCACAAGUACUAUUAAUCAAACCAAGCAAUCAUACUGGUAUCUCACUGAAAUAAACACAUAUAUCCAUCUAUGGUCCCAUUCAUGUUUUGUUCAUUAUUGCAGCAUGGUUUGAGCAUCCUAUGUUCUCUCUGGGGUUUAGUAGCUGUGUUUUUGCUUGUUUGUCUCAUCCAUUUUUAUUUUAUUUCUAAUUUCCAUUUUAUAAUUGAUACUUCAUGCAUUUUAAUUUGAUUUGACAUUCAGUAAUUCCCAUUAUCCCGCAUUGCCUUCUAUCUCUAGAGUAAUGUAUGUCCGUUACUUUACUGUGAUUGUAUCCGUCAUUUUUCUUAAAGGGCAUUAGAUACGUCUCCUGGUUAACAAUCUGUUUACCUUGCCACCGCAUUAAGACAUCAUUGCUAGAUCUUUAAAAAUAUAUAUGUAACUUGGCCUAUAUUAUACAAAACUCAGUUUCCACUAGCCACUGGUGAACGGAGAAAAAAAAAUUACUCUUAGUAAGUGUGCCAUGGAUACUCCUAACGUAACGUAACACAUGAAAUGGUAAAGUGUCUGGAAAACAAACAUGCAUUCCUGACACAGUAGUGAUAAAAUAACUGUUUAGGUCCCUAGCCCUCCUUGCCUCCCUUUGAAAAGGUGACUUUACUCACUUUUUUUCCCAUGCUGCGCCGGUUUCACCGCGGCUGGCUCUGCCUCCGUGGCUGAUCACAUCAAACUUUAUCCCAUAGGAAAGCAUUGGAAGGCUAUUGCACAUGCGUGGCAAAAUGCAGCGCUACACAAAUCUGCAUCUUCUCACAGUGAUGCACCGAAUCAGUGCAUCUCUAUGGGGAACGUUCAGCGCCUCCAUGCAGGAUGUGGUGAUGUUGAAUGUAGGGGCUGCACAUUGUGCAGAACUGGACUAGGAAAGCACUUCUAGUGGCCGUCUGAGUGACUGCAACUAGAGGUGUUUCAAGGCAGUAAUGUAAGCACUGCCUUUUCUCUGAAAAGGCAGUGUUUAGAUUAAAAACCCUGCAGGGACAGGUUAUAGAUACCAGAACAACUACAUUAAGCUGUAGUUGUUCUGGUGACUGUAUCAUUCCUUUAAGUUGUAUGUAUAUAUAAAGGUAAACUACACACUUGCAGUGACAAGUAACUUUUUAAUACUGGCUUGUAGUAUGUGACUUAAAUUGUAAGUUCUGCAUGUCCAGUAUUCGAGUGUCAUAAUAUUUUCUUGUUUACGCCAGUUGCAAUUUUCUGUUAUGUCGAGUUUUGAUCUCUGCAAUAAUUUUGUGUUACUUGCAUUGCAUACUGUACCAUAGUACUUAUAGUGUCUCCUAAACAGGAAGUCUUUGUUAAAUUCUCCUCUUGGUGGCCAGCCUGGAUAUCACCGCAUUUUUGACCCUGGAGAAUUAAUCUCUCUGGAGAAUUUGCGGUUUUGGAUAAACUGCUAUUGACUUUGUCAGAAAUGAGAAUUAUGAUAGUUUGACUGCUUGGGUAAAUAUUGACAGGGGGAAUGUUUGUUUUUUCCUGGACAGAACAAUGACUGGGAACGUGGACAUACAGUGUUUGACAGCUCAGUUACCUAUUACUGUAGCAUGAAAAGAACAGCAAGCUCCACAAAGGCCAAUUUUAAUAAGAUUAUAUGAGCAUAACAAUGCUCUUUAGCAAUGAUCUUUAACAGUCACAAUAGACUUCAUUGCACUGAUAUUGCACACACUGCCAGAGGCAUCAGGAACAAACAAACACAAAAUAUCAAAGUAUAUGUUGGACGUGUGCUUCUCUUUGCACAGAUGAAGCUGCAUGUUCUCUCUGCUUUGGUUCCUGCUGACAAUCUUCAUAUCUUGAAUUUGGUCGUAUGUUUAUGAAAUUAAAACUAAUUACCUGUUCGAGUAGAGGUAAAUUGAAAAUGGGAAACAGAGUCUGAAUGAAGGGGCAAGUAGUUACCCUGACUAGAGGAGGGUAACAUUCAGCACUGCAGAUGCUGUGGACCGCAUCUUCUUUGCUUUGCCACAUUAUUGCUUUAAGAGCAUUAUGAGAGAUGAUGUCCAUAACAUUCGGAAUGCCAAAGGUUGCCUACACAAAGGUUGAGCAGAAGCAUUUAUUUAUGUUCUUUUGAACUUACAGUGUAAAUUCAUAUUGGUCCUCUUGAUAGUUACAGCUCUGCCGGUAUCUUUAUGAAUACAGCUGUAUUGGUGCAUUCUUUCUGUGUGCAGCUAUGUUGGCUUCCUCCUGCUGUGUGCAGUGGUAUUGCCCUAUCUCGCUGUGCUGAAUCAUAUUUGCCCUCUUCCUGUUCUGUGCUGCUGCAAUGGCUUCCCCUCCUAAGGUGUGCAACCUGAUUUGCCUCUUUCCAUUUAUACCCAUAUUCUUCUGGAACUUGCCGGUUAGUGAAUAAACAUUUAGCCGAUAUAUAAAGGGUAAUGAGCAAAUAGAAUUUCAUGUUUGUUCUUAAAGGACCACUAUAGUGCCAGGAAAACAUACUCGUUUUCCUGGCACUAUAGUGCCCUGAGGGUGCCCUCACCCUCAGGGACCCCCUCCCGUCCGGCUCUGGGGAGAGGAAAGGGGUUAAAACUUGCCUUUCUCCAGCGCUGGGCGGGGAGCUCUCCUCCUCCCCGUCGGCUGAAUGCGCACGCGCGGCAAGAGCUGCGCGCGCAUUCAGCCGGUCACAUAGGAAAGCAUUAAUAAUGCUUUCCUAUGGACGCUGGCGUGCUCUCACUGUGAAAAUCACAGUGAGAAGCACGCAAGCGCCUCUAGCGGCUGUCAAUGAGACAACCACUAGAGGAAAUAGGGGAAGGCUUAACCCAUUCAUAAACAUAGCAGUUUCUCUGAAACUGCUAUGUUUAUGAAAAAAUGGGUUAACCCUAGCUGGACCAGGCACCCAGACCACCUCAUUAAGCUGAAGUGGUCUGGGUGCCUAGAGUGGUCCUUUAAAUAUUACUUUCUCUGAAUAACUCUUUCGUAAAAUUGUAUUCCAAAGAUAAGGUUUAAUAAGCUGUGCUUUCCACCAGCUAAAGGUAUAAGCUCUUUCCUAGAGCAUUAGACAUGUCACUAAUACACCUAUAUUAUGGACAGAGUUAGAAUCCCAACAAUAUUUCAAGUCAAACAUUCCUUGAUUUUUCACUUGGUUGAUGUUUAGUUGACUCCCUCCCCAUUUUUUUUAUUAAAAAUAUGGAAAAAAGAGUAUUCUUCAAAAUCUUAAUGCUUGUACUCUGCUCACAUUUCAGAUAUGCCAAUAUUUGGUCUCUGCCCAGCCUACGAUGAAUUCUAUCUAGUAAUGUGCAGCCAAUGUAAUCAGGUCAUAAAGCCGCAGGCAUUUCAAUCACAUUACGGUAAGUACUUAACUGUUACUUAAUAAGUGAGGGUGCCGUUAAAUCAGGAUUAAAGAUGCCAAAAUUUGUUUAUCUCUUCUAAUGGUCCUCAAAGCUCUUGGCAUUCACAGCCUGAAAUGAAAAUAUAAUAUGAGGAUAUAACAUCACCCAGAUUAGCCCUUGUGCUUUUUUUUAAGGUCGCAGAUGGUAAUUUUCUAGUGAAUGUGUGAAUUGAAUUAAAGUCAUCCUAUUUCCUAGUGUGGAGAGGUAGGAGAGGUUUAGCAGUCUUCUAGUUAUUUGACACAUCUAGGUCUUAGAAAAAGAGAUUGGCAUCAAAAUACUUUUAUUUUAACAAAGCACUUUUAGUGUAUAGAUCAUGUCCCUGCAGUCUCCCUUGGCUGUGACUCACACAUAGCCUGCAUUAAAAAAUGGCUACAUUUCAGUCACAUGUUAACUUACUUUAGAAGUUUUUAGCUUUUGCUCUGUAAAUUGAACUUUACUCACAAACAGUAGGCUCCUGUAGGUUCUAGAAGGCUACUAACAGCAGGAGAUAAAUUCAGAAUCAGACAGACUAUGCAAUAAAGGAAGUUUAAACAUUAGAUCUCUCUUUACAUGAAAGGUUUAGGGAAGCUGUGUGAAUCAUGUGCAGGGGUGUGUGGCUAAAGCUGCAUAAACAAAAACAAAAGUGAUUUAAGUAACAGAGUUGAGCACUGAGACUACAGGAGCAUUAUCUAUACACCAAAACAACUUCCUUUAGCUAAAGUUUUUUUGGUGCCUAUAGUAUCUCUUUAAGCUUAAAUUUAAGAGUGUUAAAGUUAAAUUAAGUGGCUGCUUGUCCAAAUGUCCAUAAAUACUGGUAAUAAUUAUGUUAGGCUUUUCAUGGUACUCCUGGAUGCCAAAAUGUAUUUCCAGGUGUUUAAAUUUUUAGGAACUACCAUGUUUCUAUAGCAACAUUACUGUUUUGUACUCUGUCAUCUUACACAGAUACAUUGUGAAAGAUGUGCAUGAGUGUUGCAAAUAGAAAGUAAAUUAAGUUUUAGAAGUGUAGUAACUGCUAUAUAAAUGCAACAAAUAUUUCUUCUGGUUAUACAUUACAUUUUUAAUGUGAUCUUGACUUUUGAUAACGUUUGUUUGAGCUGAAGUAUUACAACAGAAAAAGGUUACAGGUGCUCACUAUAGUAUGAAAGAAACCGUGGGCAGAAGUGAAUCUCACAAGGAUUCCCAAAUCUAGUGUAUAGCAAAGAAAUAAAAAAAUAAAUAAGGAUGCACCACGCCAAAACCGCCAUGUACACUUAAUACGUACAUGUACCAUACAUUAAUCAAGUUGGUUUCAGUGAUAUUACUGCAUGAUAUUUCACCAUAAUAAAUGCUGUAAUCCAUAGGUUGAAAAUACAAAGCAAUUAAAGAUGACCAUGAAUUCCUUUAACAACCCAUCAUUAUUCCAAACAUAUUAACAACAUCCAUAAACCACUCGGAUAUUCCAAUUGAAUUGACAUUUACCAGAGCUAACUUCGAGCUCUGUGCGCAUACAAUCAGAGCUCUUAAGUUAAAACAUCCUUGUUUUUUUCCUAUUUGUUUGAGUUGGUUCGUCCGAAUCAAAUACUUUUUAAUCCACUCCUGAACUAACUGAUCACUCCAGUAUCUACCAGUGGAGUUUUAUUCAGAGAGCAAGACUUCACAGGUAAAUACCAGAUGUAUCAAUUAGUUCGGAUGUGGAUUAAAAAGUAUUUGAUUUGGACAACAAGCUCAAACAAAUUUGUGCACAAGUCUAAUGAUUGUGGCACUUUUAGAACUCUGCAUCUGCAUUAACAAUUUUGGAGAUUUACAAAACGGUUUUGGAAACCAAAAAGUAAGAGACAUUACCAUCACAGUGUAUUUGCUUCGGCAAACUGAAAUAACUGUUUAGCUCUAAAUUCACCGGUAAAAAAUCUGCAUGUCUAUUUUGAUAUGGCCGUUGAAAUAUAAGCAAGUGGGUGUGUUUAUGUAAUGAACUGGGAAUAAUACAUGGAUCACCUCAGUGCAUUCUGGGGGCCAUAAAUACAUGUCCUCGGUUUCUAGAGAUUAAUGGUCGUUACAUUCUGGUGUGGCACCUGCUGCUAUUUUAAUUACAACAGAUAAUAGAACGGUCAACGGAACUGCAACACUCACUAAUCUUGGGCAGCACUGGGACAUUUAACUCCCGCUGCAUCCUUUAGUCAGUUGAGUUCUCUUCUUUAACCUCUACAGUACCCAAACACAAAACAUGGGACUAAAAACCUCCUACACUACAUUAUCGCUAAACUUUAAUUUCUGCACUAGAACUAAACGUUAAUCCCUACACUGUCAUUAAAAUUACCCCUAACACUAGCCCUUAACUCUUACGCUACUUUAAAACCAACCAUAAAAUUGGAGCGUGAGGAAGUUAUUAUUCCUACUUAAGCUUUGUCAUUCUGAUUCCUUGGUUAUUAUAAUGUUCAUGGCAUAUAAUUCCAACCACCACUGUUUAUCCUCAGGAAUCCAAUUCAGGGAAAAACUAAUUAAAUUACAAAUAAAUUAGAAAGCUAUGCCAUAUAAUGUGGAAUGCACUAGUUCACUAAACAGUAUUUGUGACAGUUGGCAUGUACUAAAAGCCUCGUCACCUUUUCAAACCUGUUUGCAAGACACCGCUUCUAACAGUAAUUCUGGGACUAAAUCUGUUUCGUGGGAGGUAUCACAGCCUGAAGUGAUAUGGAGACCCAGUUUGUAAGCCCUUGGUAGAGUGAGUGCAUAUUAAAGGGACACUAUAGUCACCAGAACAACUACAGCUUAUUGAAUUUGUUCUGGUGAGUCGAAUCAUUACCUUCAGGCUUUUUGCUGUAAACAGUCUUUUCAGAGAAAAUGCAGUGUUUACAUUACAGCCUAGUGAUAACUUCACUGGCCACUCCUCAGAUAGCUGUUAUAGAUCCUUCCUGGGUCAUGGCUGCCUAAAAUGCAUCCAAGCAUUCAGUAUCUCCUCCCUCUACACGCAGACACUGAACUUUCCUCAUAGAGAUUAAUUGAUUCAAUUCAUCUCUAUAAGGAGAUGCUGAUUGGCCAGGGCUGUGUUUGAAUCAUGCUGGCUCUUCCCCCGAUCUGCCUCUUUGUCAGUCUCAGCCAUUCCUAUGGGGAAGCAUUGUGAUUGGAUCAGGCCACCACUUCUGAUGAUGUCAGCAGACUGCUUGUUUUUUGUUUUUGUUUUUUGAGGCAAACCGCAUGCAGAGUUAAAGCUUCUGGCUUGACUACAGUAAGAUUUUUACUAUAUUUAUGGAGGCAUGAGGGGCCAAGGGGGGCUAGAUGGUGGUGUUAACACUAUAGGGUCAGGAACACAUGUUACAAGUAAUCCUUUAAAGUGGAACUGUCACUUGUGAGAGUUUUGUAACACCUGAUUAGCUUUAGCUGCCACCUGUAGCACUAUUGAAGGAAUACCUUAAAUUCUUCCCAAGCAUCAUGAGGCAGUGUGGUCUUCCUGAACACGUAUUCUUCAGAACUAAGUGCAUUUUAUUUACAUAUCUCUGCUGCUACUCAUCCCAGUAAUCACUUUAGUAGCAUUUACUGGGAUAAAGGCACGAGGAACUCUCACAAUCAGAGAAGGACUGUUCUGCUACAUUAUAUAUUUUUAUAAUAUAUACAAGACCAUACACAGCCUCUACGGAGUAGGCAAAAUUGGCAUGCCUUUAUUGAAACAAAGACACAAAAAAUAAGAUGCAGGCCUUAAUCGUCUAUGUAUAAAUUCAGCAUAUACAUGAUUAUGGCUUGCAUGCUGUUUUUUUGUUUGUUUGUUUGUUUUUUUUGUGUGUGCCAUUGUUUCAAUAAAUUUGUCCAAUUAAUGUCUGUGUAAUGCUUUGGUCGACUUAUAUUAUAGUAUUACUGAUCCUUUCCCCAGUGCCUCAGAUGCAAUGUUGGCCUCACUACCUCUUUAUCCGUAAGUGCUUCACCACUCUAUAUAUUAUAAGUAUAGGUUAUACAAUUCAUAGUUACUGUUUCUGCCCUGUUUACACUGUGUGUUCGUGUUCAUUUGAGCCUUUAAUCUUACCACAAAAUCAAGAGUUUGUUAGAUAAUAUUACUAUCAAUAACUUUUAUUGCUUUCAAGUUUAUUUUUGGAAAGGUGCUGCCUGGCAUCCUAUCAAAAUAUAUGUAAACUAGUUUUAAUAGCUGUGCCAUAUCUCUGUAGUGUCUUCCGUAGCACUGUGUAAAGCAUGGGAGAUAAGAUGCGAUCUUUAGCUUGCUGGGUCCUCUGCUUCACGUGUUGUGGAUAAGUGUCUUCCCUCUGAGCCUCUGUAUGCACACAUCUGUAUGCAUUCAGUGACUGAGGCUUUUCGUAUGAUAAUCAGGUCUAACCUAGAAGACUCACUGUGGGUGUGUCACUGGUAGAUUUAGGUAAUGCAGCUAUCAAAGCAUGGUUAGGGAAUGCUGCUGGAGCACAGACGUCUGCUUUUACAAUUGAACACUAGGGGGCGCUCCUGACUUCAUCAUUGUGUGUUUAUUGCAGACCUUAUAGUCUGAUGCCCGAGGCAAAGUGCGUAGCAUUCAGACAAGCCUUUAAAGCGUUUGGGAUUGAAAGAAUGGCUAGAUCAAAAAGUAUAUCUGGUUUCUAUGUGAAAUUGAAUCAACCCUGGUGUACUUUUUAUGCCGUGCCCCUACAGAUGAGUUUAUAACCUAGAGCAGAGAUUUCCACUGUUACUGGAACUUCAAAUCCUGUGAUGUUCUUUUAGUCUGAAAUGAAGACUUCCCAGGAUUUUUAAUAUUCUUUUUACUUAUCACUAACAAAUAUGCCAUAAUUAGGUGUGAAGAUUAAAUGUAGAAAUACAAACCUCUUUAUCCUGAUACUGUGCAGCUACAUCUUAGCUCCCUUUCAGUAUUUUUUUCUGAGCUCAAUUGGACCUUUAAUAAAAACCAUACAGAGAAGAGGAGACAAUGUGUCUUUCUCCUCCCCAUUUGCAAUGGAUUCCCUUGGUUAUCCUUGUCUAAACUGAAUUAUAAAGUAAUUUGCGAAAACAUUAAUAUAAAGAAAAAUAGAGCAUAUUGUGGAAAAAUGAAUAACGCCAGAAAAGUGUUGGUUCUCCCUUGCGCUGUGAAAGCAUAAUGGCGUUGUAAUUCUGCAACAUCUGAGGAUACUCAUUUUGAUCACUCGACGUUUACAAGAUAUAAGAAAUAAUGCAUGGUGGCUGCUAUGAACAGUUGCAUCUGGCCUGGUUUUAAAUCAUACAGGAUUAUUUACUAAAGUGAAUAAAAAUUUAAAGGCAAAAGACAACCACCUAAUUUAAAGCUUUAGGAAAAGGCAUGUAAAUAUAAUUUGUUCGUAUUUACCUGCUUUUUCUUUCUUAUGCUUUCCACGCUCCAUUCUAAACAAUCAGUGUUGUAUCCCUAGGAAUGCUGGAAAAGCUCAUUGGGCAUACCAGCAAGAUUUACACAUGUGCAGUUGGAAGAUCUCUUCACCUUGCAACAUCCUUACAGGGGAGAAGAGAGGGAGUCUGAUCACGUCAGGUCUCUCUCUCUCCUGCUGCUGCACAAUGAUGCCUUCUUUCUGUGAUUAGUGGACUGGUCUGAAACGGAGGUGGGUGGUUAAUAGGAAAGUGAGGGGGUUGAAGAAACUCCCCUAGUUGAGGCAUACCCAAAAUUGCAAUCUGACCACGUUUAUAGCAAGUGGAUAAAUGUUUAUUACAUACAUUUCAAACUUUAUCUUGCUUCAUUUUGGUUAAAAGAACACUUUAACAUUAGGAAUACAAAGAUGGGGUUUUGUCCAACGCUGGGAGUCCUCAUUCAGAGCUUGAGGAUGUCCAGCGUCGUUUCACAGAGUUAAACUCCAGGAAGUGCCUCUAGUGGCUGUCUGGUAGAUACUAGUGGCAGUCUUAGUACUGCAAUGUAAACAUUGCAUGACUUAAGGAGUGCAAGAACAGUGCACCCAGAACACUUCAAUGAGUACCUUUAAUAUAUUUGUUUAAAAGUGUUUACUUGCUGAUUUAAGAAAAUAAUUGGCAAGUGAUAAACUAACAGAAGUGGCAGGUGUAGAAGUCGGCAUGCCCGAAGGGAGAGCUUUAGAGGCUGUUUCACUGUGAAGAGACUUUUGGUCUCUUUCAGGUGAAAGGGAGAGGACUUCCAGAGGCUGCAGUUCACAGGAACUGCAGCUUUAUCAACUCUUUUCAGAUAUACCCCCACUGAAUGCAUGCAUGUAUUCAUUGUGGUAUAGCUACUAAGCGUUGAAUUAUAUACAAUUGAGCAGUGGAGUGUGCCUUUAAAGGGACACUAUAGUCCUCAAAACAAUUCAGCUUAAUGAAGCAUAUUGGGUGUAUAGAUUAUGCUCCUGCAGUCUUGCUGCUUAAUUCUCUGCCAUUUAGGAGUUAAGUCACUCGGUUUAUGCAGCCCUAGUCACAGCUCUCUGCAUGUGACUAAAUACUCCCUGAAAAGAGACAUCUAAAGUUUAUACUUCCUUUACUGAAAAUUCUGUUUAAUUUAGAAUGUCUUAGCUCCUGCACUGUUGAUGGCUUGCUAGACCCUGCAGGAGCCUCCUGUUUGUAAUUAAAGCUCAAUUUAGAGAGCAAGAGAAAAAAAACGUUUAACAGAAGUUAACAUUUGGUUGAAAAAUUUAACUUUUUUUUUAUGCAGGCUGUCAGUCACAGCCAUGGGAAGUGUAGCUAAGGCUGCAUAAACUGAAACAAAUGGAUUUAAAGGAAUAUUAUAAGGUGAAGAACACAAACAUGUAUUCCUGACCCUACAGUAUUAAAAACACUAUCUAGCUCCCCCUAGCCUCUCUAUAUUUAGUAAAAUCUUACCUUUAUUCCAGUCUGCUGGUGCUGGGUUUGUCCCUGAUCUGCCUCCUUGGCUGACCUCAUCAGAAGUGAUGAUCUCAGCCAAUCUCAGUGCUUUUAGCUGUGAUUGUCAAGAAGGCGGGACGGGGAUUAGCUAAACACUGCCCUGGCCAAUCGGCAUAUACUCCUAAAGAUGCAUUGAAUCACUGCAUCUCUUUCACUGAAUGUCAGUGCUGCACAGUGUGCAGCACUGCUCCAGAAAGCACAUCUGUUCCUAGGGAGCAAUGUUAACACUGUCUUUUCUCUGAAUAGACCGUGUUUACUGCAAAUAGCCUGCAGGGACAUAGUAUAGACACUACAACAACUUUAUUAACCUGUAGUUGUUCUGGUGACUAUAUUGUCUCUUUAAGUCCUAAAUGGCAGAAAAUUGAGCAGUGAAACUUCAAAGGCAUGAUCUAUACAAAAAUACUAAGAUUAGUAUUAUUAUAGUAUAUUAUGAGUGUUUGGUUUGUUUGUGUGUUCAUUCUUUCUCCCCCUCCCCCACCCCCUUUCUGGUUUAGUUUGCAUAUUUUUUUGCUUCUAACCAUUGCUCCUAGAUUGUAGGGAAUUUUGUUGAAUCCUUAUCCAUUUAUUGUGCCUAAAAAAUGCACAAUUAUCUAACCAGCCAUUAAAUGUAGUGUCUCUUUUAGUGGGCAUAUGUUGUUUGUUUCUUUUAGGGUCAUUCCUGAUGCUUAGAGGAUGAUAUAAAUUGUUACAAUGCUUUGGCUGGUUAACAUGACUUGAUUCUCAGUUUCUUAAAACACUCUAUAUUUAUUAUUUGUGAAUAAUGUUGAGUGGACAUUUUAAUGAAGGGAAACGUUUAAUAUUAACAUUACUCUGAAAAAAUGUACACUGUAACUGUAAGACCACAAAAAAAAGUAAUGGAAGAUAAAAGUUUUAUGUGUGUUUUAGAUGAACUUCUACUUCACAUUAUUAUUAUUUUAUGGUUUAUAAAGCGCCAGCAAAUUCCGUACCGCUGUACAAUCAAAUUUUUUUCUUGUAUGUCAAAUGUAAUUUAAAUAAAUAAAAUGCAGUUGUUGUUUGUCGCAAAGUUAAAGGAUCCAUUUCCGGUGUCGUGUGCAAUUGUAUCUGUUAAUAUUCUUUAUAUAAAUAUAUAUAUUUAAUUUUAUGCAACUUAAGAAAACCUAGUUUUGGCAGCUCUUUUGUAGCCGUUGUCAUUGGAGAUAUCCAUGAAGAGUGCUCCUGAAUUGGCUUAGAACAAUUGGUCUAUUUUAUAAAAAAAAAAAAGAAAAACACAUUGGUAAUUGAGGGGUUAAAAGAACUUUGGCUUUAAAAGAGUAAGGCAGCUUCUGUUGUGACCGCACUGGAUACCAAAUUAAGCCACAUCCCCUUGUUUUCAUUUUUUUUUUUUCCUUUCCUCCUCCUCCUUUUUUAUUUUUUUUAUUUUUAAAUAUAUAUUGUAUCUGCCAGGACCUGCGCGGCUGAAUUUCAUUUUACAAUAGUGGCAAAUGUUACAUAAGCUCCAAACAUGAUGCCUGGUGUGCAAUCUGUGGGCAGACCCCCAAGCAUGACAGGGAAGGACCUGUUUGUCAGGAGCGGAGGGUGUAAAGAAGCACGAUCAAAAUAUGUGAAUGGGAGUUGGUAGGAAGGAUUUUUGUUGUUGUUUUUUUUUUGCAGGCUGUAGGGAAGGCGAAAGCAUUUUUUUUUAUCUCAACACAAGCAGUUUUUCAGAGGUUGGAAUUGGCUGCAAGCCAUCUCUGCAUGGAGUUUGCAGAAGGUGGGUACAGCAUCGUUCUAAAUACGGAACUGCAGAAACGAAACGUACAUCUGUUUUCAAAGAGUUUUCUUCCCCCCCCCCCACCCUUCAUUAUGAUCACGGUUUGUUAUGCUAUUUAUAUCCUUCUUUUUUGUAUGUAUGUGUUUUUGCUCUCUCUUUCCGAAGUGGAGUGUUAAAGUCGUCUGUCCAGGGCAGAGUUGAUCAAAGUGGAUAAUCUCGCAAACGAGGGAUUAACUGAUGCAAGCGGGCCACAUAAGCCUUUCUGAAAUGUCAUUCGAGUGGCUUGGCCAAAGUUCAAAACCAGAUGGGUGUUGAGUGUGCCGUUAACUCCUGUGAAAUGCGGAUGCCUGCAGGAACUGAUGGAUUCAAGACAAAUGCUUGUUUAGAAUCAUUGGUCAAAGGAGUGUGCUUGUUUACUAGAAUAUUCACUAAUCUGGAAUGGAGGCCAGAGAAAAUCUGGGAUCUUCCUGGUUUAUUCCUAUGAUCUUGCAGCACGUGUUUAACCCCUUGCAGAAUAAGGGUUUCCUUAAUUACUGCUUUUUGGUUGUUGAUUUUUAUAAAUAUUCCUGCUUCCUGUAUAUGUUCAAAUGUUAGUCAUAUGCUGAUUUCUUACACUAUUCAUACAGCCAUGCUAAAUAGAGUAUAUUCAGGAAGGAUAAAGAUUUUACUUUAAAGAAUUACAAUAUUCUACAUAAUGUUAUAUGUAUUGCUUUGUAAUUCAAUCAAAGAUUUUUUUUUUAAUGUAAUUGAAGCGUAAAUAUGCAAAGUAUGAAACAAGGAGUCAAAACAGAUACAUGUGUAUAUAUAUAUUAUAUGUAAUAUCUAGAAGUGGUAACAGCCCCAAUCACACGCAGUUUCUAUUUGUUGUGUGAGAGUACGUUUGAUUACAUGGUUUAGGUACUGAACCCCUACAAGGGGUGUGUCAUGCACACACAAGAACGCAGUCUUUUUUUACAUGACUUAUAUGGCUUAGAGCACGUUGCAUGCAUACAUUUUAGAAGACUCAAGAGCACAUGUUCACACAGUGUUCAAAAUUUUCUUUUUAAUUUAGUAUGUGCAGUUGCCUGGUCACGCUAGCAUAGUGAGUGGUUCAGUAUGUCCGCAUAUUGGAGUUCAGUCCAGUCUAAGCAUAUAACCUGUAUCAUUCUCUUUGUAAUAAUGUAUACAUUGCCCCAUGGUUAAACUAAAGAGAGCAAUUGUUUAUGGAGAAUUUAAGAUAAUUUGUAAAUGUUCUCGUUAAAUAAUUAGUUGCAAGUAAAGUAAUCUGUGACCCAAAGACAUUAUCAAAUACAGGCCGUCUACCUUGGUAAAGCUCUGCUGUGCCUCUAUUGCAGCAUUCAAUAGUUAAGUUGCCAAGGAACACAUUUGCUGGAGUAUUUGUUUUUAUUACUCUUAUGAUUUUGUGACAUUUUUGCAAUUCAUUUAAAAUACAAAUCACGUGUCAAAAAUCCUUGACAUUUUUGCUGGACAAAAGAGACUUAUAGAGCGGUGUACCUAGUAUAUCCUGGGGUUUCUAAGUCACAUGGUCUUCCUUUCCUUUUUAUGUGACCAAUUUCACACUAUUAAAUUUUAACUAAUAAAUCUUCUUCAUAACCACUUGUGCUACCGAUCCUUAGUUUGCUUGAUCUAGAUUCAUGUUUGUUAAAAGAAGUCAGUUGGUUGUAAGGUUCUGCAGUCAUUUUUUGCUUUCUUGUUGAUAGGUGUUCAGAGCUAUUUUUUUUACCAUGGAAGUUCAGUAUUUGUUAGUAUAUAUAUAUAUAUUAAAAAAGUUACCACAAGCUAAUAGUCCUUCAGUUGCAUGCAUUUGCAUUUAUUUCACUAUAGAACAAUAUUACAGCUUGUUAAAUAUAUGAAUAUGUAAUAGCAUCAAAUACCAACAGUAUUGGAGAGUCAAAGGUCACCAGCCAUUUUAAAUCUUUGAGUUUUACAUUUCUGCAUGUAAUAUCUGGUAUUUUGCUUCACCGCCUGUGUUAGUCAAGUAGUUUGAAAUCAUUUUGAAAUGGUGAGAAAUGUUUUAUUCAAAAAAUCAAAACUGCUUGACAAAAUGGGUGUCAUGAUACAUUUCUAUACUGCCUUCUUCAGGAUCGAGACCAUAUAUCAUAAAUGACAAUAUGUCUCCAGAUAAGUUUGUUUGUGGACAUUACCUCUCUGCAUGCAAUAUGACUCUCUCAUUCAUCUGUGGUCAGAAGAGGUGCUUAAUUUUGCCUGUUUAUAAAAUCGGACUGGUUGGUCCUGAUAAGCCUUUGGUUGCUUUAGCAAUAUGUUAAAGGGACACUAUAGGCACCCAGACCACUCCAUCUCAUUGAAGUGGUUUGGGUGCAGUGUCCCUAUCCUCCUUAGCCCAUCACUGUAAAACAUUGCAGUUUCAGAGAAACAUGUUUACAUUGCAGUGCCAAUGACUGCCUCUACUGGCUGUUUACAAGACAACUACUAAAGCCACUCCCUGGAUUCUAGCAGACUCUGAGUCCUUUAAACGACGCUCGGCAUCCUCACGCUUUGCAUGAGAACAGCCAGCAUCCUCAAAAUCCCCAUUGAUUCAAUUCAAUUCCUAUUAGGAAGGCCCAAUGCAUGCGCAACUGCACAUUAAAUUCCUCCUCUUUUUUUUUUUUUUUUUCUUUUUUUUGUCAAAGAAAAGUGCUUUCAUCUUCCUUAAGUGAAUCAAUAAUUUUGACGAUUUUUUUUCUUUUGCAGCAUUUAGUUGGACAUGUACAGAUACAAUGCUUUUAUACACUUGCAUUCUACAGCUACUGACCGUAAAUGAUGAUGUAGUGCAAAAGACAGUCAUACAUAUCCAAGCCUUUAGGCUAUUAUCAGCAUGUUUUGCUAAAGAGGUGGUAUACGUUGGAUCAUGUGAAAUUCUAUUCUUUCUUUAAAGUAUUUUUGGUUUUGAGGCUUACCAAUGGUUUGCAUCUUUAUCAUACUAUUUGAUACUUGUAGGUCUGCACCAUAAAAUGUUCUGUUUUUCAGAUGACUGUGUUUUUUUGGAUUUAUUUUUUUUCUUCUUUUUCUGAACAGAAAGUCUUCUUUUAUCACCCACUAAAUUGAUCUUCCAAGGCCUGUCGGCAAUUUGACGUUGAGCUUUUGCAUUUCAGCAUUGUACUGCACAGUUGAAUUUUUUUCAAAUCCUUAUGUUGCUUAUUGAUUUUAUUCUGAUAUAUCAGCCUUAGGAUAUUCUGUUUUACUGUCAUUGUUCCUUUACUCCAUUAAUAAAGUUGCCUCUUGUCUGUAUACUAACAAUAUCAUGACACCAGAAACAUUUGGACAGCCUAUAGUCCAUUAACUGUUGGUUCCUAAAGUAAACAUGUUAAAGGGACACUAUAGUCACAAGAACAACUACAGCUUAUUGUACAGUCCCUUCAGGCUUUUUUGUAGUAAACACUGUCUUUUCAGAAAAAAAAGGGUAGUGUUUAGAUUACAGCCUGAGGAUACCUCCAGUGGCCACUCCUCAGAUGGCUACUAGAGGUGCUUCCUGGGGCAUUGCUGCACAGUGUGCAGCACUGAUAUUAAUGGACCACUAUAGGCACCCAGACCACUUCAGCUCAAUUAAGUGGUCUGGGUGCCAGUUCCCUCUAGGUUUAACCCUGCCUGCUGUAAACAUAGCAGUUUCAGAGAAACUGAUUUUCACAGUGAGAAGACGCCAGUGUCCAUAGGAAAGCAUUGAGAAUGCUUUCCUAUAAACUGGCUGAAUACGCGAGCGGCUCUUGCCACACAUGCACAUUUAGACGAUGACUUCCAAAGGAGGAGGAGAGUCCCCAGCGCCGAGGGAGACCGGCACUGGAGAAAGGUAAGUGUUUAACCCCUUCCUCCAACUUCAGCCCAGCGGGAGGGGGGCCACGAGGGUGGGGGCACCCUCAGGGCACUAUAGUGCCAGGAAAACGAGUUUGUUUUCUUGGCACUAUAGUGGUCCUUUAACCCCUUAAGGACACAUGACAUGUGUGACAUGUCAUGAUUCCCUUUUAUUCCAGAGGUUUGGUCCUUAAGGGGUUAAGUGUAUCCACCUUCUGCAUGGAGACACUGAACUGUCCACGUUUUACUAUAUUUAGGAGGGUAAGGGGAGCCAGGGCUAGAUGGUGUUUUUAACAUUAUAGGGUCAGGAAUACAUGUUUGUGAUCCUGACCCUAUAGUGUUCCUGUAAGUGUGAAAUAUUUUUACAAUUCUUUAUAGUUUAUGAAUGCAGAUACACUCAGACUGAAGCCAAAAGGCCACACUUUACUCUCUUAGUCAAUUCAGAACCAAAGCACCGUAGUGCAGUAAGAAAGCUUAUGUUACUGUCCAAGUUCUUGUGGACUGUGCUAUGUAAAUGGUAUGUUACGGUAACAAUGAAUAAUAUGGGUGAAUUAUUCCAUUGGUGGAAUAAUGCAUGUCUUUAUCUCUACCCUGCUAAAUGUUUUUGAAUUUUAACGCUCAUAUGUAUUUGCAUUUUUAUCUGAAGCCAAUUAGAGCUCCAAACAUGUCAUGAAGCAUGGUUUUCUUGUUAUCCAAGUUUGCCAGGCUUAAUUCACUUAUGACUCCAUCUUAUGAGUCAGCUUCUGCAAAUGUGGGGAUAUGGACCCAAUUUAUGCAAAAUUAAGCACAAGGAAAAAAGUGUAUAAAAUUUGCUCAUUGUGGCACCAUGAUUUAAUUGUGCUAGAAGGAAGUGACAUAAAUUAGUUUGCAUGUAUCAUAGCAGUCUUUUCACUAGUACAAGCCUUUUCUGACGUUAGAGUAUUUUCUCAAAACUGUGGGCGGUAUGCAAAAAUGUAAAAAAUACCCAAAUAGCUUUUUAGAUGCUUUUUACUUAUAUCAGAGUUGGUGCCAUUAAUAUAAUCUCACUUUAGAACAGAAGCAAAUAUAGAAAGAUUCUAAUCUGUUUAACAAUAAAAUAAGGUAAAUAAAGAAGCUGUAAAUGCCAGUUUGGCUGGCUGGCUUGGCUUACAAAGUAUUAGACAUGGUCUAUAUUAGAUUAAAUCUACUAUGUUUUAUGUUUUGUGUCUUUGUGAUGCUUUCAAAGUCCUACCAACUGAUGUUAAACGUGCAGAAGAAAACGUGUGUAGGACUGGCUAACAGUGAACUCUGUUAAACAUGCGCUCAAACACUUUAAUUAUGCACGCAGAGUGCUUGUGGUAACAGGAAUAUCAUUCUGUUUUAUCUCGUUGUGGCGAUCUUCCUUGUAGCAGCAUUUUGUGUUCCUCUGUUAGAAGCGGUACUGCUAAAAGGAUGUCCCUUUAUUAUUUGCCACAGGGCUGGUUAGUGUUUAAGUGGAUUGUGCUUUCAUAUCGCAGUUUUUAGCAUGUAGUAUAUGCGCUUAAAUAGCAUAGUUACAUUAAAACUGAUUGGUCUGGUAUUUUUUUCAUUGUGUAUAACAAAAAUGUUGCAGACCCUUUUGUUUGUUUUUUUUCUUCUUCUUACGUAUUUAAUUUUCAACUCCAGGCACCAUGGCUACUUUAUGUUGAAAUUAAGUUGUUAUAGUCCCUUAAAACUUUACUGUAAUACAGUAAGCUGUAGUUCUGUUAACAAUAGUGUCCUAUUAACUAUUUGGGUGACUGGCCCCCCUCCAAUCGCAUGGGAAAGGUGGUUUCUCCACAGCUGGCCCCCGCCUCCAUUACUGAGAUCAUCAAUCAAAAGUUAAACCAAUAAAUCGUGAUCACAACAUUUGAGCCUUCCUCUUUGGGACCCAGUUAUCUCAUGUUGCUUUAAUAACUCAAAUACCAAUGUUUUAAUUGUCUGACAUCUUUAAUAGCCGACACAACUGCUAAUUGUCCCAUCUCCAUUCUAUGACUGGCAUUUGUAAUUAGUGAAAUCCCUUUUUCAUGUGUAUAUUUGCGUUUAUACGUUUUAUAUGUUCUGAUUAAUUCUGAGAUCAGAGACCAAUAAUAUCCUAUUAAAAAAGGAAAGAACAUUUUGCACAUUAUUGGUUUUGAUGUAUUUUUGCAAAUAAAAAUUCUUUACCAUGUAAAGUGAUUUCUAAGCAUUUCCUUGCUAAGGUUUUAUGGUCUCUGUUUCUCUUUUCACAGAAAGAAGACACGGUUCCUCCAGCAAGCAGCCCCUGACACCUCCUUCCACGUCAAUGUGUUCCAUCUAUUCCACUGUUGCAAAAAGCAAAACGGGCAGUGGUGGCAGCACCACCACCAGCACACGGGCGUCCGGUGGAAGCAGUGCCUCAUCCAACUCCAAGCUGAUGAAAUCUCCCAAAGAAAAGCUGCAGAUUGGUGGAAACAAUAGGUCAAUGCAUCCCAUGCAACAAAACAAAGUCGCCCAGGAUAAAAUGUAUGCGCUUAGUGUACUUUUAUUUCAAAUAGCGUGCAUGCAUUUUCUCAGCCGUCUACUAUAAUGAUGUAAUUCUCCAGCAGAAACUAGACUUACUGGAUGCUCCAUUACAAUAUGAGGUGUACUAAUGCAAAACCGUGUCUAUCUUUGGGCCUGCAGCUAUUAUAAACAAAUACAAUUAAAGGGAUUUGUGCUGUUUAACCCACCAAUGUGUACACUUACAAAUAUAAUAAAAUCUACACACACUAUUAUCAUAGUUACCAAAUAUAGUUAUGAAGAUUACUGACACAAAAUGUGUCCUAUAAAUAUAUAUUGGGGAAAAAAGGCACAUUGUUAUGUAUUAUGAAAAGCAUUCCGUAUAGAAUUAAUCUAGAUGGAAGUGUGUGUGUGUGUGUGUGUGUGUUUUCUCAAAGUUAAUUAAUAUAUACUUACCUAAAUUGUGACUGUUCCAUCUAGAUUAAGUCUAUAUUGAGUGCUUUUAACACUACACUAUAACCUAUUAUGGCUGACUUAGAAUUAUUGAAACGUUAGUGCGAGAAUAGCUAGAUGGCCAAAUUUGAUUGUGAACAGUCUAGAAAAUGUUUUGUGGGUUAUAAUACACUCUGCAUUCAAUAUCCUUGUGUGCUUUUUAAAGCAGAUAAUCAUGUUAAAUUAUGUAGGAUGUUGUUUAUAAGAACAACCUAGUCUUUGAAGUGUUAAACUUAUUUUUUUUCUGAAUAUGAGAAGCCCUAAAUUCUAAAAGACUUCUAAAAUUCUAUAACAUUUCCCAAAAAAAAAAAAAGCUGUCCAUGGAGACCCUGAAUGUUCUCUAUAUAGGUUCGUUAAUUCAAUGCAUCUCCGUGAGGAGAUAAUGGUUGGUGCAGUGAGAUUAUUUGCUGCACAUGCAUAUUAGCCUCCCAAUUCUGCCAUAUGGAAAAGCAUUGGAUUGACUGAGAUCAUAAAGACUGAUGAUCUCAGCCAAGGAGGUGAAGCAUCAGGACGGGGACAGGGCUGGCGAUGGAAUAAAGGUAAGUAAAUCUCUUUGAUUUAGGGGGCCCCAAUAAUCUAACUAGAUAUCAGGAUACUGUAGCGUUAGGAAUACGUGUUUUCUGUAAAUCCUUUAGUAGGUUGUUGUUCGUAUAUGCAUGGCUUCUUUAAGGAACAGAAUACUGGACAAUGUUAAACAUUGAUUUGUAAUGUUGUAAAACCUGAAUAGCUUUCCAGUCAGUUGAAAAAAGCUUUAAUUUCGUUUAGACAACCAACUAAUUCAUUCGAAUUUUGAGUAUUAUUUUCUCCAUAAAUUAUAUCUGAAUUUAAGAUUACUUUUAGAGUGGUUUGCUUUCCCUUAAUUAAUUGUAUGGGGGUUUUUUUGCUACGCAAUUGAUGGUAUUGGAAGAUCAAUGUCUUUGAGAGGCUUGAUCUAAUUUAAAACAUAGUUGUAACUAAAACUUGUGGUUCGUUCUUUUGAAGAUAUAUCACAUCCAUCCAGGAAAAUGGGAGGAUUUUGUUUCUGUGGAACUGUUUUCAUUCUUUAUCCUCUGCUGUAUAUCAGGAAUGUAAAUUUUUUGAGUAAACAUUCUAGUUAAUAAUAAAACGUUUUUAUAAUUAAAUCUCUUUGAAUCCUCACCAGAAUGACACCGUCUGUUAGAGUGGAAAAGGUGCAUUCAAACCCAAAGAUCGAUGGGAUGUCAAAGCCUGCUGUGGGUCCUAACUGUACUUCUACUGUGACUUCCUCAAUAAAGACUGGCCUUAAUUGUCCAUCAAUACCAAAGCCACCCUUGCCUUCCCCAGGACAAAUACCAAAUGGUAAAGGUAUUCUCUCGACUCCUCCUGUUUUGGAAAAGAAACCUGAUGAUACCCACAGCCGGAAAUUUUUACACAAAAGAUUGUCAGGUGUGUAUCUACUAUUUUUGUCUGACUUUAUAUCUGACUAUAAUGUUGAGUUUGUAUUCCCUUACGUAGGAAUUAUCCGACAUUGCAAUUUAUUUCAUUGUAUGUUUUUGGCUUUCUGUAAAUCCUCUUUAUUUAAAAGUAUAUUUCCAGAUGUUUUAAAACACGUGAUAUCAAUGUGUGAGUACUCUCUAAUCCAUAAAAUAUAAGUUAAACAUUUAAAUUUAGUCAGAAAACAUGAAGAUGUGUUACUGUCCCUUAAAGGGGCACUUUAACUGAAAUAGCUUCUGCAGCUCAGUAUAGUGGUUAAUUUGUCAAGAGUGUCUGUGCACCAUCUCAGUGCUUUGUCACACUAUUUGGGAGCAAUAGCCUAAAACUGGGAGGCUAAUCCAUCCCCAGUACUUUCAGCUUAUUGCUGAUGCCUAGGUUGAAUGAAAUUACCAUUUGAUAAUUCAAAAGUAUAAAUUCCACAUUCUAAAUGUGGCCCAAGACUAGGUUUCUCUGAGUGCUUGAGAGAACCUUGUUUUUGUCAGUGUGUUCCUAUAUGGUUGGACUUAUAACUAAAGGGGAUGUUUCCAGAGACUCGGGUGUUAACCUCAUCUUUGGUGUUUUGACUUGAUUUUCAGUUAAAAUAUGUCAUACUGUAAAUUAAACUAUCUCAACAACCUAUACAUGUAAGAUUUUUUUCUUUUACUUUUAAGGCAUGAGUAAAGGUAUAUUGUAUGUGUGAGUAAUGUAUUUAAAGCUUUGUGAAUGCAUGUACAAAAUAAUAGGGGGGAGAAAAAUACUGUUUGCACCUAACACUUCUGGCAGGUGGUAGGUUUUUUUUUUUGUUUUGUUUUUUUGAGGAUUCCUGCUAUUGGCUUGUAAUGGAUUCAUGAGUGUUAAACUGACUCCUCCCCCCCACCCCCACACACACACAACCCCAAUCUUCCCCCUCCACCCCAUUUGUAGAGUGUACAUGGAAAUGUAAAGUUUUGAAUUUGGUGGGGAGGUACAAGGUUCUCAUAGGAAUAGAGAAUAAAUAGUGAGGAGAUUGUGUUUUGUGACCUCUGGGUCAUCUUAAAUCAUUCAUGUGAAGAAGAUUUGGUCUGGAAAGUAUGUGGAGGUAUUGACGUCAAUACAGAUGAUAAACAUAUCUAGUAAAGGCAUUAGCUUGUGGGAAAUAAUAAGAUGGAGCAGUCUAAAGGAGCAAUUGUCGGUCUGACACCAUGUGUCCUUUUUGGAAACGUGCAAAACAAUAAGUCAAUAGGUUAGAUGCAACUGGUCACAUGAAAGAUCAUGUUAAUAUUAUGUAGCCUCCAGUAGUGUAGAAUAAUGACAAUUUUGCAAAGAGGCUAUUAAAUAGGCAAAAGAGGCAAUCCAAGUGAUGAAGAUAACCUAGAUUGACUGCCCUGAUCUGAUGAAUAGCCUGAACUUUGUGUAGUGUUUGUAUGGCCAAUAGGAGAUUUGUUUUUUCACAUUCAUAAGCGUCAGGAAUUUUUCUUUAGUAGAUACUUUUUUUGAUUGGCCAUUUUCAGGGUUGAAGUUGGGAAUACGGAGUCUGGUCAUGCCCAUUUGUUUUGGCUGUUCAUAUAAAAUUUUAGGAAUUGUUGUUAGUCAACACAAUUGCUUUUAGGGGUUCAUUUGGGUGGUUGUUACCUUGUCUGUUUCCUCAUCUGUUUGUGAAUACAGUUGGCAUGUGGUCAUACCCACACUUGUUUCAUAGAUACAAUGGAGAGUUGGGGACUGGUCAUCCCUUUGUAUAUUAAGCAGGUACAACAGGUAGGUUGAGAACUGGUCUUUUUCACUCUUGUUAAUUCAGGCAAUGGAGGACUGGUCACUCCAAACACAUAUUACAGUGACUUUUAAAGUUUCUUUGUUUUUUGUUUUUUUUUGCCCACUAUAUUGCAUCAGUAGUGUUUCAUCACUUCAUUAAUUGAGUUGACUAUUCAAAAGUAGCUCUUUCUGGUCUCUGGAGCCGGAACGGAACAGUUGGAAAUAAAUUUCAAAAUUCUUUUGCUUACAACAGGGGUUUCUGGGACAUGUAGAUCAUUUUACUUUUAAAAAUUGUUAGAGCUAAACGACUAUAUAGCUUUGCUGUGCUUCCUGAUAACUUGUGCACCUGUGUUUAGGGUUUUGUUUUUCUUUUUUAAUACAACCGAUUAGAAGCUGGUUAUUUUUGUUUAGAGUACCCUUUCAACUGGAUAUUUGUACAGAAAUCUACAAUAUGUCAAAUUUAUAUAUAUAGCAAUCUGUCAAAUUCUGUAUCUCUGUAUAGAAAGCAUAUGUACAGAGGAGAAUGCAUUGUCUGUAGACUGCAGUUUCAGGAAUUGUGGCUGAACUCAACAUGGCAUUUUCUGUCUGAAAACAAGUUAGAACAAUAUACUUAUGUUGCACACUUUAAAUAGUGAUCAAUUCACAUUUUGUUUUUAAUUCUGAUAAUUAAAUAAAAAAGAAAAUCAUGCACACCAGUAAUAUAUUUCUUACUAGUAUGCUUAAUUUUAUUUUAUUUUUUUGUGGAAUUUAAUUUAAAAAAACUAAACUGAACACCAAAUCCUUUCAAAAUGCUCUUGCAUUAUUCCUGUAUUUUGGCCCAUUUCUCCGGUAAUAUGAACUCUUUAUUAAGUUCCAAAGGAUGCCUGCCAAAUUUUGAUGUGCAUACUGUAUCAAUCUUUUUAAUUUAAAAGUGACUCUUCACUUUAAUUCCAUUAUACAGAUCGAGAGUUUGACCCAGAUAUACACUGUGGUGUUGUCGACGUAGAAACCAAGAAGCCCUGCACUAGGUCCUUAACAUGCAAGGUAAGAGGAUAUUUUGUUGAGAGUGCAACUUGUUGUUCUUUAUUACUCUUACUGUUCUUUCUUUAACUGUUUGUGAUGAUAUGGUUGGCAUACCUACUUUAUUCACCAGUAUUGUAUGGUGUCUGGCUAGUUACCAGGAGCCAUGUUUCUCCCUAUUUUUAUACUGAUGUGACCCAACAAGAGAGGUUUAAGCAUAUAUGCAUCUCUGGUAGCUGGUCGGUCACCUGAUGGGAUUUUCUUGGAUUCAAAUAAUUGUAUGUGUUGUGAACUGACCUGGCUCUCUCGCGCCUGAAAUAUGUAAUGAUGGGAAACAAAGUGUAAUUACGUAUUUAUUUUUUUCAUAUAAUUUAUUUUAACAUGACAUUCUCACCUUAAAGGAUGAACUGGUCUGGGUAAAGUGGUCCUGUCAUUUUUAACUCUGCAAUGUGAAACAUAGCCACAUUUUUUUCAAUUUAAAACUGCAAUGUUUACAUUCAAGGGUUAAAUCCACCUGUACUGGCUGUCUUCCUGAAAUACACUAGAGGCGCUUCCUCCUCCAGACAGGAUAAAUUGAUUCAGUCUAGGAAUCAAAUUGCUGUUGAUAGCAGCAUUUGAUUAGUGGUGCGCCGUGCAUGCCUAGUUCCAAUCCAUUGCUUCUUUAUGGAGGAGAUCACGAGUGAUGUGAGCUUGGAUGUUGACAUCAAAGGUGGAGCCGGAGCCUGCAUCAGAGAAGCUUCCGUGCUGUAAACUUUAUUUUACUUUACUUUACACAGCAAAAUGAAAUGGACAGAAGGGAAAUUGUAUAGUCCCUAAACAACCAUUGUAAUUGUCAGGACUAUAGUUUCUCUUUAAAAUACAAAAAUGUAAGUCCCUUUUUAAGUUUCAAUUCUUUAAUUCGUCAAAACAUUCCAAAAUAAAAUCUGUGAAGUUUAUACAGCUAAAUGUCUGCACCAUGUGAUAUUUCCCUGCCAUACUUAAACAGGCUUGACCUGUAGAUCAUUCCUCUUGUUUCUUAUUGACUCUGUUACAUCAGAUUAAAAAGGGAUAUUUUUGUUCUAGAAACUGCUUAUUCUAGAUUUAUUUUUUAUUUUUUUCAUCUCUUAAGCAUCCUUUUCUAGAUGUCAUAUAUACGUACACGGAUUAAGAUGUCAUGCACUACAUUGCUAGACAAAUAAAUAAAAAUGAUCUAACACUACUCGCUACAUAUACAUUCCCUUUAAUGUGUACUCCCAAGCUGCUGUGAGUACAUAUUAAAAGGAAUUUAUAAGUAUCGAGGAGUGCUGGUCUUUGACUGGUUAUUGGAUGGACCAGAGGCCAGGGGACACCCUCUUAACAGAUAGACAAGCACUCACUGUAGCUUACAUGUACUACUCUGUUGACUGUGGCAUGGACCCCUCAGGCUUGCAGUGAUGAAUAAGUAUAUCGUUAUUUGCCAGGUCUUAAAAGUUACACGCCACUGCAAGCCAUUGUAUACUCAUAAGGGGUGGGAAAAAAAAAAUAUAUAUAUAUAUAUAUAUAUAUAUAUAUAUAUAUAUAUAUAUAUAUAUAUAACAAGAGAACAUUUAUUGCAUCAUUGCUUGUAUAGAAAAUAUUUCUAUAGUGACUGUUUGUUUUUUGUUUUUUCUUCUUCAGACACAUUCCUUAGGAUACCGGAGAGCGGUACAAGGGCGCAAGAAACGAUUCGAUGUGUUGUUAGCAGAGCACAAAAACAAAUCCAGGGAAAAGGAAUUGCUUCGUCAUGCGGAACAGCAGCAGCAGUCGACACCUGCGCUCAGGGAAUCUAAUCCUGUACCUUCAAAAUCUUCCCAGGAACUGCACCAAACAUCUCAUGCACUUACUGCUCCUGAAGUGAAGCCUUCAGUACCCAACAAGGCCAAGAUUCAUAACCCCAGUCUUCCAAGGUCAAUCGCUUGCACCCAUGUUGAUAUGAAUUUAGUGCCUGGUUUGGGGAGGGGGAAAAUGCAUAAAAAAAUCGGGUUGUUGAAGUAAUGACAUGCCUCUUUUUGUUUCCAAACUUUCAACACAAAGUAGUAUUCUGCCAAUUGAAACUGGCCUCAUGAAAGCUACAUUUAAAAAAAAAAAAAAAAAAAGUAUUUAACACCCAUACACGAACACAUUUUCAUUCAUGCACAUUACAUUAUUCCUAGGGAUUUUGUGUUCAGCUGCCUUUAAAAAUACUGUAUGGGUAUCCCCUUUAAAUCUGCCUAUAAAAGGGAUCUACGUUGAAAUUAAAAAAAAAUUUAAAAAAAGUAUUUUUACCUUCUUUUGGAUCCAUGGUAUAAAAAAUAACAAACAAUAAUUUAUAGUGAUUGGCAAUUAUGUUACAAAAGGGGUAGGAUGGGUGGAUCCUUUUUUACUUCAAUCAGAUUUCUCUAUGGAUCAACAACCUGCUCGCAUAGAUUAUUUUUAUUAUUAUUAAUAUUCAGGUUUCUUGUUGUUGGGGUAUUUUUUUUAAUUAUUAUUAUAAAGAAGAAGCUAAUAUACAGGACUUUUUGAAAAUACAAUACUACAGAAUCUGAUAAAACUACCUCUUUGGAUGUAUAAUUCCACAUCUUUAUUGUUCUUACUGUAAAUAUCCCUUUAAUCUGCUGUGUGCAAAAACUAAAUUUUCCAGUCUCAAUGUGUGACUUGUCUGUUGUAUGUUCCUGCUAAUGAACAGGUUAACACAUAGCAGUUUGUACUGUUGGUGUAUUUAUUUGUAUAGUGCUAUCAUAUCCCCUGUGAGAUGCUUUUUUUUCUUCUAAAGAAAACAAAUACAGUUUUUCUAGCCUGUCUUCACAACGGUUUUCCUUCCCUUUAUUAAUUUUGUAGCUUACCUCUGCACUUUUUUAUAUUCAAAGUGGGUGUUUUACCACUGAUUAAUUAAGAGGCAAUAUUAUAUUUUAAUCACAUCCAUCAAUUCCCCUUUUUAUGCAUAUAAACAUCUUUAACUGCCUAGUUUAUCUACAAUUGUCUCCAAAUCGCUUUUUGUUUGUUAUCCCUAAUCAACCCUAUUAAUGUCUGUUACUUGUUGGUACCUUAUUACAAACUGCCACUUGCCUGCCCAAUCCCCCAAUUAUCCAAAACCUUCUGUAGAGAAGUUAUAUAUAUUGUUUUUUUUGUCAUCUUCAACCAAUGACACAUGCAUUUCAAUGCCCACUUGAAAAUCAUUUAUAAAAUGUAUUAAAGAGAAGUAGACACAGAACAGAAUCCACUUCACUUACAACUUUUGUCCACUUUGGUAAUGUUCCAUUUACAGCUACUCUCCGCAAUAUGUUUUUAAGCCAAUUUUCUUUUAAAGAACAAGAUCUCACUUUUAUUAGCAACCUGUUGUGUGGAACUGUAUUAAAUGCGUAUUGAAUGUCACUACCUAUCGGUACUUCAUUAGAAAUUGGAUGGUACAUAUUUUAUGGUGUGUGUGUGUGUGUGUGUGUAUGUAUAUAUGUAUGUAUGAAUGUAUGUAGCUAAUUAAUUUAUUUAAGCUUAUUUAGUUAUUUAAGAUAAUAUUGUAUUGUGUAAAUAAAUAACACCAAGUUUUGUUUUCCAUUAUUGCCCUUUUUAGGCCUUCAAGCUACCCGGCGCAGCACAGUGGGAAUGCCCCAAGUGACUCGCCUUCUGUGCAUGAAUCUCCUCAUCCAGUAGUAUCCGCAGCUGAGCCAACCUCUCGGUUAUCUAGUGAUGAAGGGGAAGGGGAUGACAAAGAAGAAACUGCCGAAAAACUGGAUUGUCAUUACUCAGAUCAUCACCCUCGACCAGCAGCGGUAAGAAUCCCAUACUAUGAUAUAUUAGUCAUAAAGUGAAGAGGAGAACAGACAGACAAUGCCAAGUGUGUUUUGUUAUGUAAAUUAUUAUAAGGAGAAGGGCCAUCAUAUAGUUUGCUUUUCUUUGAUCAUGAAUUACAGUUUAUAAAAACCAAUAAAUAAUCCAUAACACUGAGAAACAUAUGUGAGCCAAGGUAAUUAUGAUUGAACUUGCACCUAGUUAAUGGUUUUAUACUAAGCUACUCUUUGUGUUUUAUUUUCUCUUUUUAUUUUUUUAGUUUUGCGCCUUCGGCAGCCGGCAGAUAGGAAGAGGAUAUUAUGUGUUUGACAAACGGUGGGACCAUAUCCGAUGUGCACUUAACUUUAUGGUGGACAAGCAUCUUAACUCCCAGAUGUGGCGGUACGUCAUAGAUCAGCUUAUGAUAUGUGAUUGUAUAUAUUUAUGAUUUAUCAGAGUAAACAUUUUAUUUUUUAAACUCUCAAGUUCCAGAAAAGCGCACAGUGCUUUGAAAAACCUAAAUGGCGUUCCCUAAAUACAGAGGAUAUAAAAUAUUACAACAAGACACAAUGCAAGGAAGCUCUAAUUAGUCAGGUAGAAAAUCAUUUGAACAGAUUUCCAGGUGCUUUUAAGGAAAUCCUUCUUCUCUUUUUCAAAGUGUAAUAAUAUAAUGUAUGACACUUCAGAAAUAAGGGCCAGUACUUGGCAAGAGGUAUAAACUCAAGGCAUUUUGUUAGAAAUGCCUCUUUUUAAGUAUAAAUUCAGGACAUCAGUUUAGUGGAGCAUGCAAGUCAUGAGGGAAGUUAUCCCCUCGUUUAGCAAAGUCAAAUGAAUUAAAAGCAAAUUAAAAAUUCUGUGCCAAAAUUAGAAAUGUUUACAGUUUGACUAUUCUAGCCAAGUUGGCUUUCAGUUCGAAACAACUUCUUUAACCACUUAAUACCACCUAAAAAUAUUAUUUUUGAACUAAAACAAUGCCACAUAUGGGAAAAGGUUAGUCUUUUUAUUUAUUUUUUUACUUUUAAAAAGCAAUAUUGUGCCUAUGUUUGUAGCAUAUUUUAAUUUAGUUGGCAGUCUUUGGAAAACACGUUUAAUAAUUGGUAGAAUUUGACAGUGGUGUUUUUCCCCUUUCCUAAUAGUGCAGAUCCCGUGGAUUAAUGAAGUCACAGGCCACACUUUAAUUUAGUUGAUAAUAGAUCAUUUCACCAAUUUUAAGUAAGAAUAUCCCCACACUUUAAAUGAAUUGAUUACAAAAUAUUUCACCAAAAUAGUUUUCAGCAAAGAAUAUCAUUAUUUUGCUUUAGUACACCCUAUUUAAGCUAAAUGCAGAAAUUAGGAAAUCUUAUCUAGAUUGUUAAUUGUAUUUGGGUUGUUUUUUGUUUUUGACAGGUUUUGUUAUUAUUGUAGCGAUUAUUUUUGGUCAUUGUUACCUUACUGGCUGAUUGUAUAUUUUUUGCCAAGCCGCACAGAAGCAUUUUAAUUUUACUGCAUAGGGCUAGAUUUUGGGCUCUGCCCACUUCAUAAUUAGAUCUUUAAACUGUUGGCAACAUGGUAAAUCCCUAGACAUCAAAUAUCCCUACAGGCUCACCUAUUAUUACAUUCUCUUCUACUUUCUGAUCAUUUAACCAUUACUAAAGCUACUGGCUAGCAAGGUGAUUAGUUAAUCACUUUCUACUCAGCUGGAAUUGACAGUUUCUUAUCCAUCCAUGUGACUAGAAUUUUAGCAAAUUACAAUAAAGAGAAUUAUGUAAUGGUUUCUUUUAAUAUAUUAUAAUGGAGCUGCAACCAUAUCUUCCUUCUUGGUGUUUUUUUUUUUUUUUUUUUACUGUUCAGCCAAUGGGGUGUACUGAAAAAUAAAAUGAGAAUGGGCGAGAUGACCUCCAGACUGACGUUUAAUCCCUUGCCUAAUGAAUUAUAAAAAUACUCAAUUUAGAAAACAGAACAAAAUGCAUGAAAAAAAUAUUCCCUCACUUCCUUCAAAUAUCUAAAUAGACUGCAGGGAAUUUUAUCAAAAUUACUACCUUCUAACAUUUCGGUUUAAAGUUGUUGUUUUUUACUCAUAUUUUCUAACCAUGUUCCAUGGGAUAAUUUAAUUCUAUAAAUCUGUCAUCAUUAUUCAGCUUUCCUUCAACAGAUGCUCUGAAUUACAACUGUUCUCUUCUAAUUAACCCUUUUAAAAUGAAUUGCCCAAAGGCCGAUUGUAACACUGGAUGAGAAGGUAUAUGAUGUUAAAAGUUCACUCCACUGUCUACACUACUCCUUCAUUUGGAAAUCCUCCCUCCUCCAUUCAAAGAAGAGAUUGUAAAAAUAUAUAGUAUUGAGAUGUACCGAUUAUGAAAUAUUAGGGGUUUUCAAAAUAUGUUCUAAGGGUCACAGUGAUCUGGAGAAGAAAGGUAAUUUGAGGACCUCAGACAAAAUAGACGGUUUUGGUUUGACAUUUUACUCCACCAAAACAAUUUGCAAUGUUUCUUUCCACACUGGUGCUAUGGUGAUUAUACUGUUCCCAUGACUAUUUUCCAGACAUUUGGAGUGAUGCUUUAAAGUUAACCUUUUAUUAACAGGUAAAUAUGUGUCCACAGCAUGUUGCUAGCAAAGUCAUCUACACAAUAGUCUACUUACCUGGUAACUUCUACAAGACAUGUGCAUUUGUUUUUCUGACAAAUGUUACAAUGAUCGAAAAUUUUAGUUUUUAAUAAUUUUUUCUGAAAAUCAGUGUAACGGAUCACCUGGCACCCUGACUGGGUACCUCCGUUAAUGGAUGCUCCUAGCCCUUCCUGUGGACUCCAAGCACUCCAGCCGACACCAUAACCACUGUAGACUCCUUCAGAGAGCAAGCAGGAACAAGCUCUUACAAGAGCUUAGUAGUGAUAUAGCAAGGGAGUAUGACUAGCCUAGCAAUCUCUUGUAGCAGAUUUCCCCCAAUAAGAGACGACACUCCAAAUUGAGGGUGAAGUAGAACUGAAGCUUUUAAUCCAACUCUCUGCUUUUAUGCCCAUUUUACAAACAUAGUACUGCCCACAGGGUUUUGAAGAACAACCAAUCAAUACAUUACAACACAACUAAACACUCCCAUUCAUACCAGCAGAAAUCCUCCCCUCUGCCUGUGAUACAAUUAUCUCAACACAAUAGACUAACUUAAUUAUCACAAGCAGGAAAAUACAGUUUUGCACAAUAUUCAUAACUCCAAAAGUAUAAAUCACAUUCACUUACAUUUUUCAGAAUCAGCAUACUCCAAAUACAAACAUACUCAAAAAUCAGACAAUUCCUUCCAUUGGUUUAAAAGUUAGGUUGAAGUCCUUUGUGACCACUGAAGCAUGGCUUUCCAGUCAAAACCAGUUCCACAGAGUCCUCUAUCCUGGAGAUAAUUGGCUUAACUGGGUGUGGUAAGUCAACUAUCUCCAGAUACAGAAAAUGUCUCUAUUCACAACAACAGCAAAAAUACAUCAUUCCUAUCAUACUGAACAGAACCCCCACAUUCAACCUAUCCCCAGAUGGCUUGAAUCUGAGUGCUCAAUAUAUCCAAACAGUGCUCAGAUCCCACAAACACAGUCAAAUCGCCAUGGGGUUUAAGUCUAGCAUGGGCUGAUGAGAGGGUCCAUAGUCACAGGGCAGGAGGCUGGCAAUCAGUCUUCUCCAAUGCCCAGUUGCUGGUUCCGCCACAAUCAAUAUUUAAAGAAUGCAUGAACGGUUCAGUUUCAAAUUUUUGUAUGGUUACAUUUGUUAUCGUGUGCAAAACUGCAGCCAAUGAACUAGCAUCAUUGGUUGUGUUUUGAGAGAGCUAGUAGCUGGUGAUAGAGUGACAGAGAGAGAGACUUAACACCGAUUGGAGAGAAUUAAUCUCAUCAGAAGUGUUUAAAUUUCUUAGCAGUAUUGAUCCACUGUAGAGAUCUUUUCCAUUCUCCGGCAUUACGACUGAAAAUUGGUAACUAUAUGAAAACUUUUAUCGAAUUUUGGCUGUCACGUCAACGAAUGUCGGCCAAACUGAAAACCAAUAAAAAAAAAUGUAAUGUAUUCACGUGCACAUGUUUGAUUUCUAGUACAGAGGAUUUCUCUUAAUGCUGCAGAAGAAAGCGGCACUUAAUUCCACUGCGACGCUGAAAUAUUAGUAUAGCGAUAGCUCCCUGACUAUGCACACUAACUCUGGCCAUGGCAUUAGUGUUUGGUAGUCGUGCUGUAACCCAGUGAACCUGUGCAUGUCCUCAGAUAUUGCUCCAUUUAGAGUAUAAAACCACAAACUGUGUAUGGUAUUUAAUUAUAAUAAAAGUGAGGAACAAAAAAAUAUAUGUAUGUAUUGCUGUAUUUGUUUUUGUAUUAAUACUGAUAAGAAUUUUAUUUAUUUUCAAUAGGAAAAUUCCUCCAGCAUCUAGCAACUCGUCCGCGCAUACUCCACACCGGGCCAGCACAAACUCAAUGCCUGCGUCACAUGGCGCAAACAGCACGGGUUUCCUCUCACCCAGCACAAUAUCCGCCUCUCCUGCAUUUGUGACCUCUCCCUGUUCAUCGCUUGACAAAGUCCUCUCUCAUGGAACUACACUAAACUCUCACCCUGCAGCUUUGGGUGCAACGGACCCUGUCAGUAGUAUGCAAUCCAGACAAGUGUCUUCUUCCCCUUCCACACCGUCAGUGCUUUCCUCGUCCCCUUCCCCCGUCUCCAGCAAACCUCAAAAGUUGAAAUCCAGCAAGUCUCUGAAACCUAAGGAAUCUCCAGCCAGCAGCGUCAACUGCAGCAAUGCCAGUAGCAACAGCGGAGGCAGCUCAGGAAAGAAACGGAAAAACAGCUCCCCACCUCAGCAGCUAGCACAUCCCCCUUCGCAUUCCACGGAGUCUUUUAGGAAAAACUGUGUGGCAAACUCUGGGAGCUACCAUUCUCCGGUGACGACUUUGUCCCAUUGCAGCUCACACAGUAUCGGCCUCAAUUUUGUGAACAAUAAAACUAAUUCUGUGAGUCUUAAAAGCGACCAAUCAGGGAGGGGUCCUCCGAUAGGAAACCCUGCGGAAUCCAUAAAAAGAAUGAGCAUAGUGAUGAACAGCAGUGACUCCACGUUGUCGCUUGGUCCGUUCGUUCACCAGACUAGCGAACAGACUGCGAACUCGCACAAUAGCUUUUCCCUGGACAAAUUCACGGGGAAGAAGCGGAAGUGUUCGGCCAGUUCAAGCAGCAUUACCAAUAAUAGCAAACCCACUAAGGUUGCCAAACUGCCACCAGUGAACAAUGUUCACACGAAACACAACAGCGUAAUUCCAGGAACACAGGCACUGACGAAUAACACACUUCGUCAUCAGGUAGGCUUGUUCAUCUGCUGUGUUACAUCUUUAAACAAAGGGGGGGUGGGGGAGAGAUCUUGACAUAUAUCUGCCAAUUUCUGUUGCUUCAAUGUACAUUAAAAACAGAACCUGAGGUAUUUCUUCCACAUGUAAAAUCCAUAUAGCAGAAUAACCACAUUCUUUUUAUUUAAUUAAAAUCGAAUAUAUAAUAUAUAUAUUUUACAUUGACGUUGUGGCAGGCUUUUGCAAUGUGUGAUCAUAGACCCCGCAAUUAUUUUUCGCCUAGGCGAGGUAUUUUUAAAUAAAACUAUUACAUUACAUUCUGUGAAUAAACGAAUGCGCUGGAUCUUAUAUGUUGUAUGAAUAGGCCCCAGCAGCACCCUUAUAAUGUAUGCAUGUUCAUGUGAGUGCAGCCCUCUUGUUUAGCAAUGUAUUUUUUUUUUAAUAUACAAAAAUGUAUAAUAUAUGGAUGUGUGUAUGCAUGUGCAUGUGUGUAGAAAACGUUUCUGCCUUCUGAUCUAAGCUUAUUGUCCUUACAUUUUAGUUGUGUCUUUGUGAACCCCUUCCUGUAGGGCACAGUGGUGAAGCAGGUUGUGUAUGUGCAUUCUUCUUACGGUAUAUAGCUUCAUUCUUCUUAUAUAGCUUCAAAGAAGUGCUUUAAAUCCAAUUUCAAUCAAUUUAGUUCAAGCUAAAAGUGCACAGUGCACAUUGCAAGACUUAACAUCGCUCUUGUGCAUAGUGCACAGUGCAAGACUUCACACUGCUCUUGUGCACAGUGCACAUUGCAAGACUUCACACUGCUCUUGUGCACACUGCAAGACUUCACACUGCUCUUGUGGAAAGGGACUGUAAAAGAACAUAAAAAUGCACAAGGUUAUUUUUAUAUAAUCAGAUUAAAAUUAAAAAAUUUAUUAUUAUCUAAUGAAAAACAUAGAACAUUUCUUUUUUUUUUUUUCUUUAAACCAAUGCAAAAUGUGCUGUAUGUUUGUCCAUGUAAAACUAUGAGGAAAGAGAUUUAAAUGUUUGAUAGACUCCUCUUAUUGUACAGCCUUUUUAAUUUCGAACUCAUUUACAGUUUGUAGCAUGUGAGGAUAUCAGGGAAGGGCUGUAGCAAUCAUUUUGAACACUUUUUCUCUUGGCUAUAUUAGUACUGCACAAGCAUACUUAGGAGUCAGCAGGACACUAUAGUCACCCAGACCACUUCAGCUCAAUGAAGUGGUCUGGGUGCCAGGUCCCCCAGGUUUUAACUCUUCAGAUGUAAACAUAGCAGUUUUACAUUGCAGGGUUAAUCCAGCCUCUAGUGGCUAUCUUCCUGACAGCCGCUAGAGGCGCUUCUGCGACGCUGGAUGCGUAAAUCACAUUGAGCACACAGAACGUCCAUAGGAAAGCAUUGAGAAAUGCUUUCCUAUGGACUGUUUGAAUGCGUGCACAGCUCUUGCCACGCAUGCACAUUCCGCUCCACUCGGGAGCUGACGUCGGCGAGGAGGAGAUGUCACCAGUGCCGAGGGAGCCCGGCGCUGGAUUAAAGUAACUGAAGGGGUUUAAACCCCUUCAGCCCAGCGGGAGGGGGGCCCUGAGGGUGGGGGGGACCUAAGGGUUAUAUAGUGACAGGUAAACGAGUUUGUUUUCCUGGCAAUAUAGUGGUCCUUUAAAGCGAAUAUUAUGCCAUUGAAUUAAAUGUUGAAAAUCACAUAUAACUUUUUUUAUUUUAUUUAUUAAAAUAAAAAUUCAGUCCAGGCAGCUAUAGCACACAUUGCAAAUGGUUAGAAAUAGAAACGUUGUUUUAUUUAUCACCUUCUGUCUUUCUCAGUGCAUAACCAUGCAUGACUGGUAACAGAAGGUGCACCCAGUUACAGGAUAAAGAGGCAUUGAUUGCUGUAUUUAUAUUAGGUACCACACCUCCUAAAUUAGGGGUACCCAAAAGGAUGUUUUAAAACUACAGCUUCCAUGAUGCUUUGUCCUUUGAAAGGCAUGCAAAGCAUCAUGGUAGUUGUUGUUCUACAACAUCUGGGGAUGUACGUUUUGGGCACCGCUGUCCUAAAUGUAUAUUCAUGGGUUAAGAAUUCCUAUCACCCAACAAAUGGGACAUGUAAAUCCAAGUGCCUGGCAGGCAGUUUUUUUCCCCUGCCUUAAGCAGCAGCAUUGCUACAGAGUAGCCUAGGAGUUCAUGUUUGCGCAGAGACCGUAUGGUCUGCACCUCAGGUGGUUUCCCUCCAGUCCCAGCCUGUGACUCACUUAGUGCAGGGACUGCGAGGGAAUGAUUUCUGUGGCGAGCACACCUCAAGCGGCUUCCACUCAACCACCAGGGAGUUUAAUCUUUUGCUAGACCACUGUAAAUUGUAGCCCCAUCUUUAUAGAAAGCUAAUCUUAAGGGUUAAAAAAAAAACAUAGAGUACACAAAAACAUUACACCCAGCCCACUCCACUUACAUUACUAACUGAAUGCACAGGUAUCACGCACACACUCCACAUGCACACUAUACACUGCCACCACGUGCAUACAUAUUACACAGCCACCACACACACUCUCUGGUUAAGAGGUUGACAAAUUAAAUCUCCAUGAUAAACUGAGGCAAAGAGUUAUUAAUAUAACCAAAUUUAGACAUUUUCCCAGUUCAGAAUUUUCUCCAGUCAGUUUUUUUGUAUUUGGAUAUAAUUUGUGAAAAUUCUGAGUCUAGUGAAUAACUCUCUCAAGGUCUAGGACUCUAGACAGAGUUUCCAAUCUGAAACCUUGGACAAGCAGAUUUUGUGUUUUUUGUUGUUUUAUUUACACACCGUUAUUUAUUAAAUAUAUGGGUUAAAGGACCACUAUAGUGCCAGGAAAACAUACUCGUUUUCCUGGCACUAUAGUUCCCUGAGGGUGCCCCCACCCUCAGGGUCCCACUCCCGUGUCACUGAGGGGGGAGGAAGGGGUUAAUUCCUUACCUUUUUUCCAGUGCCGGGCUCCCUCGGCGCUGGGACUCUCCUCCCUCUUCUUCUGUCAUCGGCUGAAUGCGCAUGUGCAGCAAGAGCCACGCGCGCAUUCAGCCAGUCUCAUAGGAAAGCAUUCUCAAUGCUUUUCUAUGGACGCUGGCGUCUUACCACAGUGAGAAGCGCCUCUAGCGGCUGUCAAUGAGACAGCCACUAGAGGCUGGAUUAACCCUAUUGUAAACAUAGCAGUUUCUCUGAAACUGCUAUGUUUACAGCAAAAAGGGUUAAACCUAGCUGGACCAGGCACCCAGACCACUUCAUUAAGCUGAAGUGGUCUGGGUGCCUAUAGUGGUCCUUUAAGUAAAUGUAAUGUUAGAAAUCCUGGUAAAAAUCUGACCCCUUUUACAAUUCAGGAGGUUAUUUACUGUAGAGUUUUUUUUGUUUUGAGGGUUGUUUUUUUUUUUUUUUUUGGUUUAUUUUUAUUUAUUUUUUUAACCCUUUUUGUUUCUGGUUUUUUUAAAAAAAAAAAAAGUCUGGUACCAAUGAAAACAAUGUAGUCUAUAAGUAAAGCAAUCUACUUAAUCUAAUGGUCCUGGUUUACUAAUGUGAAAACCUUGUUCUUACCAUUGAUCUAAAAGUUAAAGGGACAAUAUAGUCACCAGAACAACUACAGCUUAUUGUAUUUGUUCUGGUGAGUAGAAUCUUUUUCUUCAGGCUUUUUGCAGUAAACACUGUCUUUUCAGAGAAAAUGGAGGGUUUACAUUAUAGCCUAGGGAUACCUCCACUACUACCAGAGGUGCUUCCUGGGGAAGUGCUACACAGUGUGCAGCACUGACAUUAAGUAUCUCCACCAUGUGCAUGGAGACACGAACUUUCCUCAUAGAGAUGCAUUAAUUCAAGAAGAGAUGCUGAUUGGCCAGGGCUUUGCUUGGCUUGUGCUAGCUCUCCCCCUGAUCUGCCUCCUUGACAAGUUCAGCUAGUCCAAUGGGAAAGCAUUGUGAUUGGUCAAGCAGGCAAAUCAGGGGCAGGGGCAGCAGCUGCAGACUUGAAUACAAGCAAGAUUUUACUAUAUCUAGAUGGGCGUGGGGGGGCAGGGGUCUAGAUGGUGGUUUUAACACUAUAGGGUCAGGAAUACAUGUUGUUCUAUAGUGUUUCUUUAAGUCUCAAAUUUGAAAGUUCUACGCUACUAGCAAAGACUAAAUGUUACUUGAUACUGGAAGCCUGGUGGGUCAGUGGCACACUCACCAUGAGAUAAAUGAUUACUCUUCAGUAACAAAGAGAGGGGGAGAUACGGUGCUCACUCAAAUGGCAGCAGAUUCUGUUUAUUGGAUACCCUAACAGUCCAAGGGAAAACAAUAGGUAGAAAACAAAAACUGAUUUGCGCCACAUUUAAAUAAUUAUGGAUGUGAAUUGAACUAAGUAUGGAUGUGUGUAAAUAUAUAUAUAUAUAAUACACACAUAUAAGCCUUUGAGGAGGUGAUGCUUUAGUGUAGUUCAGUCAAAGGUCCUCCUUGGCGUUUAAAAAUAUUUGGUUUAGACUGAGGUAGGGAGUUCUGUUAUUGGCAUCUCAUGUAAAAUAUAAGCAGAAAAGAAAAACUAAUUGUGCAGCCCAGUAUGUUCAACAUCUCAAUAAUGUGAAGAAAAAGAAUACACUCGCAAGGAUAGAGCCACCAUUCUGCUCUUCGAUAAGGCUCUGAGUGAUAUAAUCCCCACUCAGGGAUGAAACUGGAAUUUUUCUCUUUGAGUGUUCACAGUGGAUGCGGCAUAUGAAAGAAUAAAAACAGGACAAAGUGCUCACUGUUUCCAACCAAUAAAAGUGUGUGGAAAAGUAUGAAAAUUAUUCACAAUUUCUUUUAAGAGCACUUUAUGAGCAAUGGUAUCAGCUUGGAAUCAUCCCCACCAAGGAUAUAUAUGAAUAGAGGUAGAUGUUGUGAUGAUCCCUGGCAAGGCUCCAUUAAGAUGAUAAAAUAAAUGCAGGAUAAAAAAACAUUUUGAGGGUAAAAACAAUAUUUAUUGUAAUAUGCCACACAAUAUGAAAUAAAAGCCAAUUCUCAAGUUUUUUGAUCACUUGAGAAAGCCCAAGGGCGAAACCGGUUGUGACUAUUCAGAAAGACUUUUUAAUUGGCUUUUAUUUCAUUUUGUGUGUUAUAUUACAAUAAAUGGCUUGACUGGUGUGCAGAUUUUUGUUUAACAUUGUAUUAACUAUCCACAGACUUCAGGUGGAAGGGGUUUUCAAUCACAAUUUUUUUCCCCACAAUAACCUUUUUGGUUUGACACACAGUUGAAAUAAAUAUGGAUGUGUGUGUGUGUGUGUGUGUAUGUAUAUGUAUAUAUAUAUAUAUAUAUAUAUAUAUAUAUAUAUAUAUAUAUAUAUAUAUAUAUAUAUAUAUAUAUAAUCUCAAUUUAUACUUGACGCAAAUCAGCCUUUUUGUGUGUUCUACCUAUUUCUCUUCAGGGCUGAAUUUUACUCACCAGUGGGUGAGUGGAAAUUUUGAGCCCUCUGUACAUUACCGUGGCCCAAAUGCUGGCAGAUAUUUUGACUGCAUAUUUAAAGGAGUAAAACAGAAUAACUUUAAUUGACAUAGACCCUUUAUAGGACUUUUUAAGCUAUUUAGACAAUCGGGGUUGUGUUAGCAGGAUAGCAGAGGCCCUCACAGUUUGCACUGCAGACGCACAGGAGGUUCUAAAUAAAGUUGUCUGAAAAAAAAGUCACUGUGUGCCUACUGGAAGUAAUAGGAAGUAAUUUAAGUAUUAUUUUCAAAUGAGUUAUCCUUUAAUUCUAAACAUAAUCCUCCUGUGAUAUUUUGGGGAGCUAAUCAUUUCUUGGUAGUGUUUUGAAUGUGAUGUCAUGUGACAUCAGAGCCAGGCUGCUAAAAGAGAAGAUGGUAGCUCCCUGUAGUUAAUAUAUUUACUCUUUUGCAUUACAUAACACUGUGUGUAACUUAUAUUGUUUCAGGCAGAUUAUUUUAUUAUUAUAUGUAAUUUUUAUUCUGUAUGCUAUUUAAGUUAUUGGGUUAGUUGUAAUGUUUCUUUUUUUUUUUUUUUUUUGCCUGACAAUAGUCAAGAUUCCAAUUUUGAAAAAUUGUAUACACGUUUCUUUAAGUCGAUGUACAGUCAAAGUAAGCGGUAAUUCUGGAAUUCCAUUAUUCAUCUUGGUUUGUCUUGGACAGUCCAUCUUCUCCCUCCAUAUUAGAGGUCUAUGGCAAACCGUGUAAGGUGACAGCUUUAUGGCAAUCCCACUUUCAAUAAAAAGCUAUAUUGGGAGGGAAGAAAGAUUGACGUCCAUCUAUAAGUGGGUCACUAAUUAAAGUUUUUUUUAGGCAUUAUGACCACCUUAUUGAAUGGGUUAUAGUGCCUCGAGUCCCCUGGCACUUUUCCUCCAUUCAAUUUUGAACCAUUUUUUAACACUUAAAAACUGAACGAGGAUCCCUGUCUGUCCGCAAGCCUGGCUACUACUGAUUACCCACUUCCUUAGUCAUACCAAUUCAUAACAGCAGUGGGCAACUGUGAUAGGCUGAAAGAUAUCAGCUAACACUCCCAGGAAAUCACCUCUAAUGUUUCCUCACUAGUACAGUCAGCAGAGGGGAUGAGUGGCUGAAAACUCUUGUUUAGUGUUUUUGGUAAUGUGACCUCUGGGAAUAGACCGGGUAGCAGUACAAAUAGCUGCUCCGCCCAAAAGUGUCAAUUUCUGCAUCUCAUAACUUCUAGCAUGUGGGGCUGCAGGAUGCUUAGUACAGCUGCCUGCAAUCCAUAGCUGUGCCUAUGUAGAAGUCGGAAAAACAAUCCACAACGUUUUUGCUACAUAAAUGCACGUAAUUUUGCUUGCUCAAUAUGUAACUACAUUUAUUAUGUUGUAAGAUUUUAAAAUUGAAAAACUUUUACAACAAGCUGCUAUUUUCACACACAAUCCUCGAGGGCAAACGCGUUCUAUGGCACUCCUGCAAUGUUUGAAUUUUCAGUCUCCAGUCAGGUCAUCGCUGGUCCAAUCACAUGCUCUUGGCUAGAGGGAGACAGGAGGGGAGGACAAAGAGUGCAAAAACAAAAUGUGAAGGUUGAAAACAGAGGGAGGCGGGGAAAGCAGGGAGAGGACACUGAAGUUCAUUACAUAUGUAGCCAGUAUGCAGUGAACAUUGACGACACACAUAUUAUUUUGCACAGGAUUAAUAUUAGGCAGUCCAAGAUUCCUAAGUCACGUGUGCGGAGGGUGUAACUAGCCCGCAGCACAAAAGUGCAAAUGUCUGGAUUUGACCACUCCUACCACAGUGGCCACUAAACGCAGAAGUGGUCAUUGUGGUUGGAGUAACCCCUUAAAUACUUGUAAGCUACGUGCACAGAUAAAAUAUUAACCCCCUCCCCGGACAAACUGGUAUUGCGUUAUUUGUAUGAGAGUGAUGCUUUCAUUGUUUAUCUUGUGAUCCCUAUCCUAUUUCUAUGCUUGUGAAAGGUAUGUCCUGUCAGUGUGAGGGGUUUUGCUAGAGAGGGAUAUUGCCUGAUACAUUAUGGCCAGGGCCUGGACUCCAGAGACCUCCGAUUACAAUGCAGUAAAUGAACACACGCACAAAAUCUCAUUCCCUAAAGGAGAUGUCAUGCCUUUAUUCUUCAUGGCUCUGUUUCCUCUACUUCAGCAGGAAUGCCUGAUGCUGAUGAUGAUCAUUGUCCUGACAGGGGACAGAGGGGGGUUGGGGAAAUGCACAGCAGCUGUUGCUGUGGCAACAACUCUUUUCCCACUGUGCCGAUCAGGACCGUCAUUAACCCCUUAGCUACCAGAGCAGCCGGUGUUUGGGCCCAGUUCGUUGCUUUACCACUCUCAAGGUUAAUUUAAAAUCUACAAAUAGCCUAGUAGUAUUGCACGCAGUAUAUAUGUUAGAUUCACCCAAGGAGUACAAUGCUUUUGUAAUUUUGUAAACAGACCUAUAUCUACAGAAUGUUUGCUCAUUUAUAAGCUAUGUUAAACCCCUUUUAUUACAUAAACGGAUGUUAGCCUUGUCCAGUGCAAUGUUUUGGUGUUUUUUUGUUUUGCUUUUUUUUUUUUUCUUUUUUUUUUUUUUUACCAAAAAGGAAUUGUGACAAGGAACAUUUUCUUAACACUGUAAGUGCCAAGUUUCUGCUCAACGCCGCAUAUACUAUUUUAACAUUUUCAUUACCAUUUUAGGUAAUUUCCUUUUUAUUUUGACAAUCGUGGAUUUGUUAAGUCUUGAAGACGGUAAAAUUAUUACCACAACAUAUAGAUAGUUCUAUAAAUAUCCUCUUUUAUUAAAGGGAGCCUGCCACAAACUUGCCAUACUCUCUGCUCUUGCACUGCAUUGACCCACCUUCAGUCCACCCUCGUUUCUUAUACAGUUGUUUUUGAUUUGCUAUGCAAGCAGGGCAAACCUCCUCCAUGACACGACAUGCUGAUCUCAUUUUGUAAGUUACUCUGGUUUUAUACUGCCCAGCCAUUGUUAGCGCAUGCGCUGUGGCUGCUUUGCAUGGAAAGCAGAAGGACUGCCUGUGGGUGGUCUCUCCUGCUCGCCUUUAUCAAAGCGCCUUGAUAGAAUUUAUGCCGAAGAAUUGAUUUGACAGUUGGGAGUAAUACCUGUUUUUAAAAAGGAAAUUCUCCCAAUCUAUACAUUUGCUAGUACAAUGUAUAGAACACAAAAAAUGGUUCAGCGCUAAUCAACAGAAAAGGGCAACAACCCUAAAAGGGGAAUCCAUCAAAACCCUUUAGAGAAUAUACAGACAUAAAAAGAUUUUAAAAAGGGAUGCGCCAAUAGACAAUAUAAAAAAUAAAUAGGUUUUUGGAACAAUGUGAUAGUCCUCACAAAUAAGUCUCUUGAUAGUUGACAUUUUAGUUUUUAGAACAGCAAAGACUUUUCUCUGGGUAGGGCAGCUGUCUUUAUUUUCUUGUUGAUGUAUAUAGAAAGACAAAAGCAGAGAGAACGGAAAUAGCGUAAUACGUCAAAUCUAGUUAUGUAAUAAAUGUCACCGUAUCACACUCACAUUUUAUAGAGCCUUAGUCAGCUCUAGCUUGUGUAGCGUGCCGUAGUAUAAUCCCCACUUUACAGGGUAUAUUGGAGGUUUCCAUUUGGUUCACGAUGACCGGCACCCAAGGAGAAAUAAAUAAGGCGACAGGUGGUGCUCUCAAUAAAACAAGUGAUGCAUAUGAUAAAAAUAGUUAAUAUACACUCACAAAUAUAGAGCAGACUAACUGCUCUAUGAUGACAGUGUUGGUGGUUUGAUUCCCACCUAGGAUUGCUUUGGAGUAGAGAUAAAAUAUGCCAGGAAGUAUGAAAACCAUAUUAAAACUAAAUAUAAAUGGUAAUUGGCACAGCACACAAGUGUAGUGACCAAAUUCCUUUAAUAGUUCAAAUAUAAUGUAUAGGUGGAAUUUGAUGCUCCUAAAAAGUGUGCAGGCAGUGUUUGGGCAUGACAGGCUCUAUUUAAAACUAUAUUUAUUUAGAUAUUCCACUCCAGUACUCAAAAUUUACGCUAGCCAUUGGCAUUUGCAAGUAGAAGGUUCCCACUGGUGAGUGUACUUUCAGACUUGCAGUGGCAAGUACCUUUUAAAACAGCUAGCUAGUGGCAUAGGACUCAAAAUGUUAAGCUCUUUUCUAUUACCUACAGCCAUUUAUAUCUGGAAUCUUCUGAUUCUGUCCCUAUUUAACAGAGGUUGUACAGAGUGUAGCUAACAUUAAAAUGUUCAUUUACUAAGCACAGGUUUGCUGGAAAAUUGACCGUUCACAAACAAGUCCAAGUUAAAAUUUAAAACCGUUUUUGUAUUUGUUGAGGCAGUUAUUAUCCUAGGUAUUUAUAUAGCGCCAGCUUAUUCCGCAGCACUUUAACCCCUUAAGGACCAAACUUCUGGAAUAAAAGGGGAUCAUGACAUGUCACACAUGUCAUGUGUCCUUAAGGGGUUAAAACAUUUUUACAAAUAGGCUGAAUGUUUUUAGAACCCUGAAAGCAGGUUGUUAGAAUGUCUUCUAUCCCCUCAAUCCAUAGUAUUAGAGAUGGUAUGAAACGGAGUGAUUGACCUUGCUUCUUCCUUCUUAUUAUGGCAUUAUUUAGUAAAUGUAUGAGCCCCCAAAACCCUUAAAUACGGAGUAUAGGGCUUUAGGUGGCUUAAAUGGAAGAAGGAAAGUGGGCCUGUGGCUGUGCCAAUGGAAUAUUAAUGGCUUAAUGUGAUUGAAUGGAAUAGUGCAGUCAGCCACAUAAAUUCAGAGGAAUACCCCUAUUUACAUAGGGUUUUCUUUUGUAUUUUACUCUGGCAGUCUGGUUUGAAGAUAACUUUUUCUUUGUAGUAAAGGUAUUAAAUUCUUAAGUUUAUUUGUAGUUCGGUGCAAAUUAUUAGGAGGCUUAACUUCGGGGGACCCCGCUAAUUAAGUUUCAAGCCCUUAUGCUCACUGCCUGUUUGGUGUGUUGUAUUGGAGAACUAUUGACCACCUCCUGUAGGUCAUGGAUGGUCUGUUGUACCCAUACAAUUAUUGCCUUCGCUAAAUUUUCUUCUAAAAUUCUAUUCUAGAGAAUAACUUUGCUUAUUUGUAUAUCAGUUCAACAGAUAAAAUUUUUCUUUUAAAAAAAUACAAAAUGAUUCAUUUACAUAUAAAGGUGUUAUAUUUAAUAUAAACUGGUGAACCUGUUAAUGUGUGAUUUAAUAUAUAUAUAUUUUUUCUUCCUAAUACUUUAAAGAAAUUAACCAAUCAGCAAUAUAAUGUUGCUAAUUUGUUAUCUCCCUGCGGGUGGAUGCUUCAAGACUUGGGGAUAUUCUCACCCAUUUUCAUCCAGAUUGGUAAAGGUUGGCUGCUUUCAUUACAGGUUGGGAAAACAAAUCCCAUAGGCAAACAUUUCUGUGGAUUGCAGCAGGUUAAAACUGUUAUUUUUGAGUGACAAUUUAUUCGAAGAGAUGGUAGAUUUUCAGCCAUCUCUGCAUAGAGCAUAGAACUGUCAGCACAGCAAAUUUAAAUUAAUUUUUCUUAUGUGUUUUUUCUUCUUUUGUUUUAAAGCCAAAAGCGCGUCCCUGACAUCUGGUACUACACUGGUGAGAAAAACAAUCUGGACAGCUUUUCACUACAAUCAAAAAAGGAAAAAAUACAAACCUCCAGCUGGCGCCCUCUGGACUCCAAGAUGCCUUUGAGUUAUCUCAACUUUCCCAUGGUCCUCAGGUGUGGAAAGUAUCUAGACUCGUCAGCUGAAAAAGGAAUUCCCUGAAGCCAUGUCUAUAGCAGUGAAUGCCUUCACAGCGGGCCCUAGAAUGUCCUAUCACCGCUUGUAUCAGUGUUAGUGAACUCAUUCGCUUGCUACAAAAUCCGUGAAAUUGAUUUUGCGUUGAUUGCAAGUUUUUGUUCACAUUUGGCCUGGGCAAAAUUCUCUUUUUGUAGAGUAAAACAAAAAAUAUAUAUAUUGUUCACUGUAAUCCCCAGAAAGGUAUAUAGUGUUUUCUGCUGGCUUCUGUGUCCAUCAGGUUAGACGCAAUGUCCUAGAGGAAUAUAUAUUGGGGUUUUUUUUGGGGGGUUUUUUUUUUUUUGGUUUUUUUCUAGGGUUUGUUUUUGUUUUUUUUAUUUUGGUUAUUUUUUUACACCACGAUUUUCCUGUGAUUAACUACUAAAAUAGCACAAUUUAAAUUUAAAGAGUGGACUCUUGAAUAUAUUGGCCGGAUUUUUUUGCGGGUUGCAAAUGCUAAGGAACUGUGAGGAGUUUUAAUGGGCAAGAAGUGUUAUUGUUACUCACUUAAAACCAUCACAUAAGAUAUUACUGAUAAAACAAUCUGUAACUACAUCAACACCUGUUCUAAAGUGUAUUAUGAUGCAGUCAUGAAUCCAGACUAAAUGCAAAUUAAAACAUUUCUUGUUUACCUUCCUACAUGAUAGAAUAAGACCGCACAUUUUGCAAGUCUACAUGAUAGAAUAAAACUAUGAAUUUAUCCUGUGAUGGGAUAAGAUGAUGAAUUUUAAAUACCCAUUGUUGGCUUCUGUGUUUUGUAAGCCACUAUCUUUAUGGCACUGUUGAUGUGUACCAGGCAAAUUCGUAUAAUUCAAAUUAAAUAAUAUACAAGUUGUAAGAGAGAAGACAAUGUAAAAUAUGAGUGUUAGGAAUGCACACCAAAAAUAAACAUGCAAAAAUUGGUAAUAUCCAAACAUGGGUGCAAAACCCCCACUACGUUCAUAACAAGGCAGAAUACUGUUGCCAAACGGAGCAUAAUAUAAUGUGAUGUAUAUUGUGCACAGUUUGACAAACGGCACUAACAAAAGCUAGCAAGCAAAUGGGUAUCAUUUGGCAAUUAUUAUAGCAAUAUCUUAUUUAUGCUGCAACAGAGCAAAUAUGAUUCUAUUAUAAUACUUGAUUUGGUACUCUAAGCAACAUGAACACUACAGAUUAUUGUGUUUAUUUUAACACCAUCUCCUUAGUUAGUGUCAGACUGCUUCGGAGUCCAGCUCUUAUUCUGCUGCUCAGCAAGUGUGGAAGGGGUCUUCAAAAUAAGCAUGUCCAGCAAUCUCCAUCAAUAAUUCAAUGAGAGGAGCACUGUUGGGCAGUUUAGCACAGUUCUCAUAACCUGUUAUGGUUAUUUAAAGUUGGGUCGGCAAAUGCUGUAAUUUUCUACCCCUAUAACUAAGUAGCUGCAGAGGGUCUGGACUUUGGACCCCUGCCAACAAAUGGAUGUGGGAUGGGUUGGGCCCUUUCUUGACACGUUAUUGUUAGAAUUCUAGAAAACACUCAAAUCUUCAACUCAUGCAAACUACAAUAAUCCUUUGCUGGCCAAUUCUGUGUUUUGACUGAAAGGUUCGUAGGAAUUGUAGAUUGCAUUCAGGUAGAGUUCCUGUGUUUACUCCAGCAGUAGACCAAAAUACCCUCUAUGAAAAAAUUGUAUCUUCACAUCUAGAGCUAUAUUAACAAAAUAGUUGGUGUGGUUGAGGUGACAAUUGAAGCUAGGCAGCAGUUCCUUAGUCUGAGCUUUCUUUUCUAACUCAUUGCUCAUCACUAAUGUGGUCAAGAUUUAGUUUUUACUAUUUUGUAAUUAUUAUUAUUGGUUGUGAGGGAAUAAAUCUCUUUAGCAAAUAGAUCGCCAUGGUGAUUUCAGCUUCUGGUGAUUUUUGCGCAUUACAAAUAUUAAGCAAACAUAUUCUGCAGUGUCAGCUAUAUAUAUUAAGACCCAGUAAUUGUAAACUUAGCCUAUAUGACUUUUAGAGUAAUUGAUAAUAUAAUUCGCAUGGACUGGUACACAAAUCAGCUUCGGUAACUAUUCUAUCAGGAGCAAAAGGUCUUAUUCUAAUACGUAGGAUUUGAAAAUUUGGCAAAAUACCGUGUUCCAUACAGAUCUAUAAUCCAAAAUAUCUCCAUCAAAUACCCAAUGUAAUGUAGAUAUCUUUAUUGCAAAGUCUGGGAUGAAGUCACUGUCACUGUAAUUGGUCUGAGAGUAAUCUUGAUAUAUAUUUGCAAAACAAAUAUCAAAUCAAUCAAAUCAAAGCAAUGUACAGUGCAUAUAUACAAAAUGAAAACCUGCUCAUUGACAAAGAGUGUCGAGGAUGUGACGCACCAGGGACAGUAAUAACAAAACUUCAUUCUAAAGUUAGAGUAUAUAUUUUAAGAGGAUCUGUCACUUCCCUGUAUUUUUAAUAUUAUUUUUCACGCAUCCCUAUAUUUAAAAUGGAGACACCCAGUUGUAUAUUGCAACUGGGUGUCUCCAUUGUAGCUCCCUGUUAAAAGCUCUUCUCUUAGCACUUGACAGUGAAAGCUUAGAAAGAGGGGAAUUGGAGAAACAAUGUUUCUAUUUCUUCUCCUCUGUAUUGUUCGCUCUGGCUUUGCCUUGUCUGAACUGGAUUAUGAUGUCAUUUUUCCUAAAUAUUUAAUAUAGAUUUAACAGAAAACUGAGCAUCUCGGGGGGGGGAAUUUAACAUAUUUUGAAUGGUUUCUUAGUUGGUGUAUUUUCCAGGGAAGUGGCAGUUCCCUGUUAAAAAGCUUUCUCCAAGCAUCCCAACCAUAGGAAUAUGCACAGAACUGACAUUAGCAAGCCCGGAACAAGAGUUCCAGCCUGGCUGAUGACGUCCCAGUAAUGCUGCCUUAGAUCUAGUUACAGCUCUGGAAGCAGAGGGGUUAAACUCAGUACGAACUGCGAUUCAAAGCGAAACGCUGCUCACAGACUUCAGGCACCAUGACCACUUCAAACAUUGAAAAACACCUUUACUUUUGCAGGUCAGCUCAGAUUCCAGCCUCACAGUCCAAAAUGGCAUUGCUUUUAUGGAUUCUAUCUAGAAUGACUCGGUAAUGAUAUAUGCAAAUGAAUUUAAAAUGUUGAACUGGCAACUUGAAACAAUAUAUUUUUAUUUCACAGAAUAACUGUAUCGCUGUGCAAAGAGAGGAAAAUCAAAGACCGAGCUUUGAAUGGCAUUGCUUAUGGACUUUUAUCUAGUAGUAAACCACUAGGAAAUAUAAUAAGCUUUAUAUCUGUAAUGUCACAAAUGAGCUAAUGUGGCCAUACAUAAUUCUUUUACACUUCAUUUUUGAACUUUUUAACGGUUUCCUUUAACUUUUUGCUUUGUACAGUUAAGAAUUGCUUUAACAACACAUUCCCAAUUAGAAAAUUGAAUAGGACUGUUCUUUUAUUGUGACAAAUCCUAUUUCACUGGAAUGGAUUUAUGCUAGAUUAAAUCAAAUAAGUUAUCUGUAACAUUCGAAACCAAACAUGUAUUGGGUGAUUUCACUUAGAGUAAUGUGCUUUGUUAGGCUUUGCAUUGUAAUCCCCAUAGAAAAUGGUUGCAAUUGGUUGGUACAGGGACGUUUGAAGUCAAGGAUACAGUGUAUCCUGACCGAUGGCAAAACAAAGAACAAAACAGAAGUUUACAUUUGCAGCUAUUCCCAUUCCCCUAUGCAGCUAUUCUUAAAACUCCUACAGUUUCUUCAACCUGGAAAAAAUUAUAGGGGGGAGUGGGGGGGAUCCUCUGUUUUAUUUAGAAAAUUCUUUUAUUACAAAGUUAUUGAAGUAUUGCUUUUUCAGAAAGCAUAUUUUGUUUGAAAAAAUAUGAUUGUACAUAUUGAAAUAUGUAUUUUGCACAGGUUUUUUUUUUUUGUUUUUUGUUUUUUUUCUUUCUUAUAUCCCAUUUUGGUACAACUGAGAUCCUCUACUAUUUAUUUGUUAAUAAAAACAAACAAAAUACCUUUAUAAUUUGAAGUGGUUCACUGCCAAGCCAAUUUUCAGAGAACAUGCUGACUUUUACAGUUCUAAGAGACAACUAGGUUUUGUGAAGGGCGUGCCUAUUUUUAAUGUAUUUGGAGUGGAUUAAUUCAUGCAAAUUGUACAUUAUUGCUUUAGAUUGGUCGCCUGAUUCAGUCAAUUCACAUCUUGCUGUAACCAAGGGAUUACGAGUCUAGUUUUUGGGUUUUUUCUUGUGCAUAUCUGUGUGUGCAAAAACACAGGCACACAAGUGAGUGUGCGUGAUUAUAGAUUUAAAACCUACAGAGAAAAUGAAAGUGCCUGAUAGUUUUUCAAGCCUGUACUAUUUAGCUUUUUCCUUAAGACUUGAAUGUUCAGUUGUAUUUUGAAGCUUGCUUUUUUCAACCAAUUAUUGUGGUUUCUGAAAUUUUUGUAAUAGCUGGGGUGGUGUGGGGGUGGGGUUUCAGAUCAUUGCAUAAGGUGAUUGCCUCUGGUAUUUUAACCCCAUCGGUGCCAAGGAGUCAGCAAUACAUUGUGAGCCGACCCUCUUGUCACCGGAGUUAAAAUGGGCUCCUGAAAUCCUUGUCUUACCUGUGAGGACGUCGUUACAUUUAUUUUUUUGGGUUUGGCGACCAAGAUGUAUUUUUAGCUUCUGUUUUAGGGAAAUAAAUUGGAUUAUUUAUUAUAGAGAACUGCAUUUAGAGAAGAGGUCCUAAAAUAUUUUUAUUCCAAAAAAAAAAAAACACAAAUAGAAGAAAGCCAGAUACCUCGUGGAAGUCGAUUUUUAACGUCAGUACUCCAAAUGGAAUGUGAAGAUUUAGAGACGUCUUCCUGUGAGUUUCCUUGCCAAGGAAUUUCUUCAGUUCCCUUGCUCCUGCUAAUGAGGAGCUGAACAGGGCAGGAUGUGGGCUCAGGGAAGGACCUCAAAUCCAAGAUUAAAGAUGUCUUUUUCUUCAAGAGAUGGGGUGUAGAACGACUUUUUGUUAAAUGUCUUGCAAAUCACUCUGCAGUACAAGAUAAUUUAAUACAAGCACUACAGGUUGUCCAUGUGAAUGUAAUUCUUGAAAGCAACUCUGUCUGUCUUUGAGCCUGGUUCUAAGAGCAAUCUCCUCUGUAAAAUGUGUGAAUAGUUUGAUAAUUUGUAUACAUAAUCAAGAGCAUCUGUUCAGCUGGACGUUGGCUGCUGUAUAGUUCAUGAACAAACAAAUGUCAUGGGAUAGAAAAUUACUUUGGAUAUUUAAAAAAAAAAAAAAAAAAGAGAGAGAGAAAAUAUAUAGCCUAUUUGUUUUGUAACAAGUUUCUGUAAAUAAAAUAAUUUAUACUAUUUAUAAGAAAAAUAUAUUGUGCUUUGCUUUAUCAAAGUAUAUGCAGGUUGUGAAACAGCCGUGUAUCCCAAACAUUAGUCAAUCGCAGCUAAUGUUGCAAGAUGAAUCAAUUCUGUUCACCUGGGAUAUCAAUAAAACCUGGACCACUGUUUACUG